AGAUCGCUUUCCUCUGGAGCCACUUGCAGGCUUUGCUCAGAGGCUCCACCUUUUCGAGCGGUUCAGUGACCUCACCAGUGGGCAGGAUUGUAAGGGUGGGAUUUCCAGGCUUUCAGAGAGCUCUGUGUAUUCCUGCCUCUCUAUCCCAGGAUCUAUGCGGCUCCAGCGGUAGCAAACACGGACUGGUUGUACCUUUUCUGGCCACAAAAUCGCCUAUAUACUGCACACCGGAUCACCUUUUUCUACAUGCGACUCCAACCGGAAUAAAUAAUUGAGGAAUGUGGAAAUUACAGAAUGCCCAACAGCGCUGGAAAGAGAUUUAAACCCACCAAAUACAUCCCAGUGUCCACUGCUGCCACACUCCUUGUGGGAUCGACCACUUUAUUUUUCGUUUUCACGUAAGUUUGCAUCGCUUCUUUUCUCUCAUUCGUUGCAUUGCCGGUGUUUCCAUUCACCGUGUUGGCCGCAGAUUACACAGGCUAGAGUGCAUUUGCAGCUCGAAGUUUGCAUGGGUGGAUUCAAUCACUUGGGUGGAAGAAGUGCUUUGAUAGUUACACAUCCAUCCUGUCGGGGACCUUGCAGCGGUAGGCAAGUGAAAUGGGUUUGCGGAAAGCAGCUUUGUGCAGCCUCAGACGGACUAUUCAGCCAUUAAUACCUGCAAGGCAAACUUCCAUUAAACCGUGCAAGUUGACCAGCGCUGUGAUCCUGCAGGAGACCUCAGUUUAGGCCCUGGGUACUCAGUUUUCAUUGAAGAAGUGCCGCAGGGAGAAGUUAAUACAAUUUCAGUGGUUGCAUUGGCUCAGCAGGCGGUUUGAUUCAUGCACACAGAGCUAGGAUGGUUACAGUGUCACAACCUUUCGAGAAGCAUAAUCCGUUUCAGCUUAGGUGUACUUGCCAGUGAGGUGUAGCCUCGAUCUGUCUGUCUCACUUCACACUGUAUGUAUACAGUAAUUAAGUUUUUUUCUUAAGAGAGAUUGAGGAUUAGGAACAUCCUUUCACCCAGGCCAACAGGUCUCCACUCCUUUUAAAGCAAGAGCUGCUAUCAUCUGCCAAGAUGGUGUCAGUGGUUCAUCAGGAUGAUUACUCUGUCUAUCAGCCAGCAUCACAAUCAUGUCAAGGGCCCCAAUAUGAGACGCUGUUCUUCCCCAGGCCUCUCAAACUGAUGAGUGAGAAAGUUCAUGGUAUGAUUUUACAGCAGAGCUGUUGGGAGGGGUGAUAGCAGCAGAGAGAGGGAGAGAGAGAGAGAGAGAUGUCUCUGGUCUGAAUCAUCAGACCCUCAGGUGAAUGGAUUAUCAGUGAAAUCAAAACCAGGCUCAACCUCACAGCUGUAUCUCUGGGUAGAGACGGUUUUUUGGGACCUCUGACCUGGAUUUUGGAUUGUAGGAUCAGCUCAUGCUCUUGUUAUCUCUCGCAGACUUAUUUUAUCUGACAGUGGUAGAAACUCCUGAAUAAGAGCCCUCGCCUUGCACGUGUUUUUCAGUCUUUGUGAGAUGCUUUUUUGGCUCAUCAGAUACAUUGGAAACAUCUUUGCAUGGUAUUUGUUUCUAUAACUUAAAAAACACAAUUUCUCUCAAUGGGUGAGUGAAAUAGAGCAGUAUUUCAAAUCCAGGAUGCAAUGAUUGACCAGUUUUACUAUGAAGUGCCUUCAAAUGUCACACUUACUGUGGUCACCUCACCCAAAGUGACACCUGUUGUACAUCAGUUUGAUGCUCAUUCUGAUUAUCAAAAGACACAGAGUCUAUGCUACAUAAGCUUAAGCAGAGGGACCGAGUUUUGUGUCUACAGAAGAGGAUCAUCUGCUGAAAAGUUGCAGCUAAAGGGUCAGGCUCUUUGAAUGUGAUGUAGCAUUACAUGAUCGAAUAAACCAGGGGAAGUUACGUGGGAGGUUAGUUUGUGAAACAUGGAGUUGGUAGGGAAUGAAACACAGAGUAUUGGUUACAAUUCAACAUUAAGGAUAGUUGGGCUUUUACCACAAAGUAAACAAAUGCAACACAGAGGCAAAGCAACAUGAGACAUGCAUAAUUAUCUUGAAUAGAAGUGGACGUUUACAGGUUUUUCAGGGCCAAUGCCAAUCAUUCCUAGUUAGUGACCACUAUGCAUUGACAAGUUAACAGACACCACUGACAAAAACACAUUUAUCUAAUCCUGCAUCAUGAUAAACUACUGAGUUUGGGGUUGACAAAGUAGGAGCAACUUUCUACUACCAACCCCAAGGUUCUGUGUUUUUUUUUGUCAAUGGUUGCUUUGAAUAGAGGUAAACACUGGUAUGUGGUAGACUCGGAUACCCACUUAUGCCCCAAGUCUUAAAUUUGGAAAAGAUCCAGAUGCUCCUUUUGAUUUGUCUCCAAUUCACAGCAACUGUUUAUCUAAUGUUGUGUGUUUUAUUGCUUAUUAACCUUGACCUGUAUUUGCUGCAGAGGUGCAGCACAGUCUGUUUUCUCCGCUUGUAUGAGCAAGUCUUGUCCCUCUCUGACAAAUGCAGGAAGACACAGAAAAUGCUUUAGCUGCCCCCUGAGCGGUCUUGCACUCUCAGUCUCAGGUCAAAGACUGAGACUGAAGGAAACAUAUGGUGUUUGCGGGCCGUGUUGGUAAGUUGGAUUGUAGCUUUAAAAAUCCCAGCACUCCUUGGUGUUCUCUCUGGGGCUUUGCAUAAACAAAUGGCCUGAUUUACAAGUCCUGUUGGAGAAUGGACGUGUUAUGAUUUAAUAAGAGAUUUUCCUUUCAGACAUUUGGUUUGCAUAAAGAGGAAGUCAGAGUUUCUGCUGCCUGCUACUUUUUUAAAAUAAUAUUAGUCUUUCUUUUGCUGGGGUUCACUUCAAUCUACACAUUAGGGUUCAGCCCUCAGCAGAUGGUUCUAGGGUGAGGAUUAAGACUUUACUCUGUUGCUCCUUCAUUUCCCUGUAAAAGGUCCAGAGGAUUGAGUAGCGUAUAAUGGAACCCCCCGGGGAGCUGUGCAGGACCAAACUAGGCCACACCGCUUCGUCGUCUCACACACACACACAUACACAGAGUCCAUUAUGUUGAACCCAUUGCGGCCUUGUCGUUGGCUGCAGUGCAUAGCUGCGCAUUUACAUUAGGAGCUGCAGAACAAUGCAGUGUUGUAUCUUGAAUUUCUCAUCCAGGUUUGCAUGCAACAAGUUCAGAAGCAGAGGAAAUCAACUUUAGGGGUUAAAGCUAAAAAGCUAUACUUGUCCAUCAUGCACACUCGAGCACAGAGCAUUGCCAGGGACACAAAUCUUUUUUUAUUCCUUGGCUGCAGUGUGUUAAAGGUCCCAAUGGUGCCAGCAGACCACUUGGUGUCAUAUGGGCAAUAGAAGAUGAGUCCUGAGGCCAGCACUGACUCACCCUGACCAGGAUGUGCUACUGUGUUUGACUUACUGAUGCCUGACAGUUUGUGUUUCCCACAGAGAUUGAAUUAGAACACAUUAGUACAGAAUUAUUUAUAUCCCCACAGCACGACCACGACUCGUCAUAAAAAAGUGAAGAUGACGAAUUAAGCAUUUAGUCAUGGUUAAACCAUCAAAAUAUUAUCCCCGCCUUAUCUGGCUCUAUAAUGAGAUUCUGUUUUACAGUAGCUUAGGCUUCUCACAUGUCUAUAUUUGUCUCAGUGCUAGAGAAGCUUUCUAUUACAGUUUAAUAGUUCCUCAAAAUGGCUUCAUCACUGCCCUUGACCAUAUGCCAAAUGAAUAACCUGUUUAGGAAACCGAUCUGCCAGGCUGGCCAUUAUCAUUUGUCUCCAAGCCUAAUCGUUCAUACUUUGGAAUAGGUAUGGAUAAAUGUGAGCAAAAUGCCAAUUGAUCAUCUGGACAAGGCCUGCAUUCAGCAGAUUUUUGCUGUGUGGAGGUGAAUAAUGACAGAGGCAGGCGGUGCUGGCAGCCACAGCGGCUGUAUCACCAGACUGAGAGCAGAGCUGCCCAUGAAAACAGGCCUGACAGGAAUCUAAUCUUCAGCUUCCACAUCUGUUUCCUCCUUUUCACUGUACAUCCAUUCAAUCAGACUUCAUUCACAUCCCACUGAAUGAAGCUGGAUGCUUUGUUUUGCUUCACUCAGACGUCCUUUUAGAGAUUUUAAAGGUAUUUCCGAGACAGAGUUUGCAGUUUUUCAAUGAUAGAAAAGGAGUAGGAAACAAAUGCUCUUAAAUUUCAGCUUUGUAGAGGAUGUGUUUUAUGGACUAUAAAAAUAUAAAAUCUUUGGGUGGACUGCUUUUUGUCUUAGAAGCAUUAUGGUGUCCAUUUGUCACCCUCUGCUUGUAGAGAAAGAGACUGUGCAGAGAGGAGAAAGCUGUAAUAUGGGGUCCUAAAAGCCGAGUUUAGAUUUUCUGGAUGUCUAUAAACACGUAUCUGCAUGCAGGAUCAGCAAACACUCAGUUCUUGGACAUUGUGUCUCGACUCUGUUCUUGCUGCUGAAGCUCUAGUCAGACUGUAAACAAUGCAAAGCACAGAAAAAAUAAAACAAAACAAAACAGUCUUGCUCUGAGGUCUGGCUACAGUGAAAGCCUCAAAAAGUUAGCAGAACAGUAACCUCAUCAGACAGGAGCUGAUGGGCUCUGAGAUUGAGCGUUAGUGCAUAUGCAAAGGGUUCUGUCUAUGUAUUAUCAUCACAUGUAAAGUUAUGUAGAGUCUCUGCUUUAAAGACAAACACUGGUGGGUGGGUGUUUGGAGCAAAAUGGACAUUAUAGCUUUAACCUAGCACUACAUCUCCAUUCUCCAGUGCUUUGAGUGGGUCGGUAUCCUCCAGAACCCUUACUAACUUCAGGAUUUAACCAACUGUAAAAGAGUUGUAUGGCUGUGGUGAUGUGAGAAAUAGUGAAGCAAAAACAGAGCAGUCUCUCUCUGUUGAUUUUGGCGCCCCCCGUGGAUAAAGUGGCCACACUUUGACCAGUUUAUCCAAAACGCCACUCUAUAGCCACAAAUAAUGCUCAGAACAGCACCUAACUUCAUCAACAGUACAUAGGGUCCCAGCACUAGACACCAAACAUCUUUUUAGCUUGAUUAGCUUGAUUUUUUUAGCAAAGAGACUAAACACAACUCACCUACUCUCUUCCAGCAGCCGCUUGUUUGUAGCGAGACCUCAGGCCAGCGCAUAAUGGACUGAGGCGGGGUGACGCAGCUCAAGGAAGAACAUUUAUGAUCAUUUCUUCAUGUAAAUGCAAUCAGACCGAGACGCUAAGGCAGAAGAACUACCACAUCUCAGUCUUACUUCAAGAAAAUGAUACAGAAAUAUCCCUUUAAAAACCUCAAUUCAUAGUCUCACAUGCUUUUGAACAUGACAUAGACGCAUCGCUGAUCAUUUCGCUGUUUCAUAACCAUUCAAAAACGCCUCACAGGAGCUUUAAUUUAUAGUUAUAAGAAGCCUCGAAACUUGAUGUUGAUGUUUAGCAACUUCAAGUUGGGCUGAUUGUUCCUCUUUGUUUUGUGGUUCUUUUUGAGUUGUUAUGAUCUCCCUCCUGGUUCCUUCAGAGUGUUUAGCCCUCUCCGUCAACUAUCCUCUCUUCACUCUGCUAACCAUAACAUUGUUUUUAUUAAUUGAAAGUGUAAAAGCAUGUUUGUCACCAAGCCUAAUCCACCCAAGUGUGUAUAUACUGAGGUGCUGCUGUCGUCUUUAGUGCAGUGGGUUGGCAAACACUCUCGUAACCAUUAAUGCCUCACUGCUUUGUAUUAGUGUCCAUUAGAGCCUGUGUGCCUUCCUCCAGUGUGGUGUUAGUGGUUUAGAGGCGCUGUGUGUUUCUCUGUAGUUAAAUUAAUUGUUUGUUAACUCGCCUUGUUGAUGCUCGCCGUUUGGAGUCCGACCACGUGUGCUGCCUAAUUUAAAUAUUGUUCCUAUGACACCGCUGAUUUGUGUUGAGUUUGUUUAUUUAAAUUUCAGGUUUGAGAUUUCAGGGAGCUUUUCUCUGAAGGGGGGAAAUUGCCCAAAAUUGCUCAUUGACAUGUUAUUAAUGUGCCUCUUUCGCUCUUUUGGUGUCUCCGCUCAUGAAUAAGCAUCUAUCAAAUCUGGAAAAGAGAGAGCCUCCUUGGUGUGAUACUCGUCCACAGCAUAUCGAGAAAUUAUCAGGAUUUUGUGACAUCCUUGCACAGCUUGAACCUCCGAGUACUCUUAAAAUCAUCCUCAGUGGUUCAGAAGAAAGCAGCAAAUUGAAGCUCCUAAGUCAAACUUAUCUGUGCUCUUCUUCAAAAUCCCUGCCCUCCCUCCCAUUUGCUGUAAUAUUACCAGUAUGUCCUCAAACACUCUCACAACAUUACAUUUCAGCUCCUCGGCGGAGGUGGAUAAGAAGCUAUCCGCUCCUCUUGGCACACCCAAGAUUAAACUUUGAUUAUCUUGACCAAAAGUAGCCGAACAAGCUCACCAGGGCCCAAAUAUCCCCUCUGGCUUAUUCAUAAAAUCCAUGUGGCGCGGUCUUCUGGUUUGUCGAGAUAACUGCAGUAUUUUUGUUCACUGGGGAUGAAACCAGCUGUAGGUUGUGCGGUGUUGCUACCUUUGUCAGAUAAGAUAACGAUGUAAUUUCCUCUGUAGGUCCUCGUCCAUCAGCACCUUGCAGAGAGAGAGAGUCAGGAGAUUUACAAAUGCAGAGCAGGGCUGUGCCACUCAAGGUCCUCAGGGUGACAGAGAUAAUGAAUGGACAGUAUUUUUUAUUCGUUCGCAAUGGUGGAGAAAAAGCAGCGGUUAUAAAUCGACAUGAAGUUAUUUGUCUCAUGUUGACUCAUCGUUCUUCGAAGCACAUGUUCAGUCAGCUGUGGUUUAUGGUUCAUUUUCACUGGUCUAUGGUGUACCACAAGGCACGCUUCCAACCUGUGGGAUCAUUACAGAUUCCUGAACAAUCUUCAGCUCCUGCUGCUUCACAGACUUCACGGAUAAUCUCUGUUUAUUUCAGCCUGGUGAGUUUCCCAUAACUGUCUCUACCUUCACCUAUAACAGAACUUGCACUUUUCACCUCUUGUUGUAGAAAUUUAGGAAAACAAAAUAUGUAUAUGCAGAGAACAAUAUAAAUGUUCUCCAAAGAAAUCAGAUUUCUGCAUGAAGUAUUAUCACUGUGGUCUCCGGAUUUAAAGGUAAACAGAGAGAAGUCUCUUAGAUGAACCAUCAUUAAUGCAAAUCUGUGUGUAGCUUGAGGGUAUAGCAGUCAAAAAUACCUGUGACUGACCUAAUUCACUGCGAAGUAUUUAUUCUGACAAAUAAUCUGUCCCUUUGUUUUUUCCACACUCCCAAAUGUCCUGAUUUCACAACAAGAGAGAGAGAAAGAAGAUGCCUUUGAAAUCUGAGUCUUUGAUACCAUCAUAAUAUGAGAUAAAGUCUAUUUUAAACUCUCAGCAUUUUGAGUAUUUAUACUGUUUAUGCUUUAUAAAACUGUUGGAGACUUAUGUGGUGUUUAGACGGCAGAAUUUAUGCGUAGUUACUCUUAAAAGUUAUUACCUGGCUGUGUUAUACACUUGAUUGUGAUUGGUUAAAAGCCCUUAAUCCUCAGCAAUGGAAAGCAAUGGCAGUGACAGCCUGAUCACACAGACUGUAUCAAAUCAAUCCACUGAAAGGGUGCCGGUUAAGCCUUGAGGUUAAGGUAUUUUCCCCAUGUAUAGAGGCUAUAGUGUGCAUCACAAUAGUUGCUGGUCGACCCUUUGCUGCAUGUCCUCCCCCACUUCUACCCCCAACAUUUUCUGUCUCUCCUCAGCUGUCCUAUCAGUGAAAAGGGAAAAAAACAAAGACAGUCACCAGGCACGGAUGCAGCAGAGCAGCUCAAGGAAGAACAUUUAUGAUCACUUCUUCAUGUAAAUGCAAUCAGACCGAGACGCUAAGGCAGAAGAACUACCGCGUCUGCAGUGUAAAAUGAUUAAUAUGGUGAUUCAUACUUCAGGGAAAUGAUAAAGAAAUGAUCAUAAAUGUUCUUCCUUGAGCUGCGUCACCCCGCUGUAGUCCGUAAUGCACUGGUCGAGGUCUCGCUACAAACAAGCAGCUGCUGGAAGAGAGUAUGUGAGUUGUGUUUAGUCUCUGCUAAAGAAAUUAGGCAAAAUUAAAAAGAUGUUUGUUGGCUAGUACUAUGGCUAGGACCCUAUAUGUUCUGUUGAUGAAGUUAGGUGCUGUUCUGAACAUUAUUUGUGGCUAUAGUGUGGCGUUUUGGUUGAGGUUUGUGUAUGGCUCCUCAGACCGCUGUGUAUUGCUAUCAUGCGGUCAUUACUAAAGUUGGUAUAAAUAGAGAAGCAAGCGGUCGGCAACAUUCAUGUGGUGUCUAACUCGGUGUUACAGUGUGUUUGACCCUAAAUUGAUUUUACGCCAGAAUAUCCCUUUAAAGUCUCUCCACAUGCCAAAGUAGCCCUGUGCAUUUUACAAAAGAAAAGGCAAAAACAGUUCGAUGUGUGAAUGUGUUUUCGGGCUGAUUCUGUUCGUGACAGAAAGCAUUUUAAGCAGAGGUUAUUAAUGGGAACUGGUCCAGCUAUCAGUUAUGUCCACACCCUCUUCAAAGAGAGCUCUGAGACCUGCGGGGGUUUCAGAUUCCAGGGUUGAGGCUGGUACCUUUCUCCUGGUGUGCCAGCGUGAGGACUGUUCAGGGCUACUCGUCCCGGACCUCGCUCCCCCAUAUCAAAAAUGCAAAUGAAUUAUCACAGAUGGAUCUUGUUGAUGUCUUGAAUAUGCCUUGUUGUAAAAUUAGCAUUUCCAUCAGCGUGAGAGCCCCUGUUGUUACUCUGGCAGGAACUGAACAUGUCUGGAUUUGGACUCCAUCACAGGAUAUAUUUAACUGCUGUCUAUUUGACGGUGAUGUGCUCAAAUGUAAGUUCCAGAUGUUUUGUCAGAUCGAAUGAUUUUCAGGGACUUUGAAUAAGACUCUGUUGGCAUCACUGAACAACAAAACCUCCAAGAUGCACACAAAUACACUCGCACAACCCAGUCCUGACCGUGGUGACAGGAAGCUGCUAUAUAUCUGCCAACAAAGGUAUGUCCAGCUGUUGUGCCUCCUCAGAGGAAAGCUGUGGAGUUGUGGUUUUCAUGGGGGGUCAGAAGUCCAACAAAGGUCCUUUAAAGACUCCAAGGGGGGCAGAAGGUAAAUAAAGGACUUAAUUUAUUUGUGUGUUAUUGUGAUCCUGAUUAAAGGGUUACCUCUGUCGUCUUUUUUGAAGAUCAUCUCCCUCCCCUUUCUUAGCACCAGUUAGCAAAUGGCAAAGCUCAUCCCCUGAUAUAUAAUCCUGACCUCUCACCUGGUCGUCUCUUUAUCACAGCUGAAGUAGGUCUGAGCAGGAGGCUGCCGAGAGCUUUCAUACACUCUGAGCAGUCUGUCUCUGUUGGUAUUGAUGAGUGAGAGACGCCACGAGAAUAAAAGGCCAGGUCUCCUAAUCUCAUUGCGUCCCAGUCCUCCUGUCACUGCUUGACAACUAGGUUAAGAUAAUGCUGACAGAUCCUCUUUCCAGGCUCUCUAUGUGCAUCACCAAGCUAGGACUGUGUAUUCCCAUGCUAUGCAAACACAAGCUGGUGCCAACUUUUAAUCACAUCACGUUUCGGGACGAGGCGACUUCUCCUGAUCCGGUUUGUCUGUUAUGUGAUCGCAUUGCAGGACUAUUCUGUAAUGCAUGUAAAAACAAUGUGUUCCCUGUUUUGUAGAGGGCUCUAAUAGAGUGCUAAUUUCCACUUAAAACCUUUUUGCAUGGCACCAUAUGCCUUUAACAGGGGUGGAUAAUUGUUAAGGGAUUAGUGUGAUUCAUCAUAAAUGAUUAAAAGCAUAAACAUCCUAAUCUGUAUCAGCGGGCGGUGGAGAAUCACAGUGGUGUUCUUCGUAUGAUUUUCAACCACAUGUUAAGCUUUGAUAGAAAUCAGCUCUUUCUAAAAUUAGCCUGUCCUCUUUCUGCCAAGCUUUGAACUUGUUUUUAUUUUUGCGUGCUCCUUUCUAAUAUCAGUGAAUCAGAUAAGUUUACUAUGCCUUGAAAAACAGGAAGAUAAUGUCUGAAGAUUGUCUGAGUAUGUCAUCUUUUCUCCUGAUCAAUAGAGUUCAUUUUUCUUUCCCCUGCAGCUUGUGACUGAGUGCCUUUCUCUGCGUCUAUUUAAAGUCUCUUUGGUUUCUCUGAAGCAGUGACCUUCUAAAAACUCUGGUACUUGCCAGAAAAAGUAAAUUGUGCCUUGUGAUGCCAUAGCUGGGCUAAAUGGAUCCAUGUGGACUCAGUGCACUGCAGCAUGUGGGCAAAAAGUGCGGGAAAGUGUAGUGAGGUGCUCUCAGGGUUGACUCUCUCUCUCUCUCUCCACCGCCCUCCUACAGACUGACUGAGGCCGCCUGGAAAGUCUCUCGUUUGGGGAACAUGUGGGAUUAAUUUAGACCUCCAGCCUCUCCCUCCAUGGGUGUCUCCACCCUGUUUCCCCCUCAUGUUGUUUUGCCAGAGGGAGACCAUGACUGGUAAUAAGUAGAAACAGAGCUUGUCUUAACACCCGCAGCUGGAGGGACUUUCUGAGAGAUCUGUGGAAAGCAAAGGCUCAAAGUGUUUACAAGAGUGAAGCAGAGUCCAGCUCUGGGACACAGAGGAAGACACUCAGGCAGAUAAAGUCUGUGUUUAGAAGGGCAGGUCUUCCGCAUCUCGGACACUUUUUGAUGUAACUUUUUGAAAAAGCCUCUGUGUUGCGAAGUGAAACCAAUGAGGCACUUUAAACCAAUCCAAAAUACGAAUACAAUUUACUUGAAAAGCAAUAAAAGCAAACAUUUCUUUUAAAUUUUGUGGCUGCAGCCAAAAGAAGUUUGAAAACCAGCCAUAAAAUCCCACUUAGCCACUAUCAAGUCAACAUAAGCCUAUAACUGUCUAAGAGACAAAUAAUAUUGAUAUUUUAAUGUCACUGUUUUGGUUUUAGGAAAACAACUGAGAUGUGUUGGUUCACCUUCAGACACAGCUGAAUGAAAGCCUUAAAAUCCCAGCCUGUAGCCACACCUGCCUAGCAGUUAAGCUAAUGUAAAACACCAAAGAAUUUAUCAGCUAAAAAUAAAGACAAUACAGAUAUGUUGUAGUCACUGUUUUCACUGUUGAGGACCUGAACUGUCCUGCUAAUCUCAUCAGCAGAGAGAAAGCUUUAAACUCCGUCUCAAACUAGCUUCUUAGCAUUAAGUAGCAAUCAAGCUAGCAGCAAGCUAAUGAGGAACCAUGGCGGAUAUAGCAGCCAAAGAGACAGAUAUUUCCUGCACUACUCAGUGGAAAUCAAACACAAAGCUAUCUCUACAUUAUCAUUCUCUUAUUAUAAGUACAAAUUUAUGAACAACUAAGAUCUACUGUUAGUUUUGUGUUUAAAUGUUUUUAGACUGUUGCAAAAAAAGUUUGAACUAAUUUCAUCAUUAUUUAUUAAUGCACAUGAGCCUUUAAAGGGACAUUCCAGCAAAAAAUUAAUUUAGGGUCAAACACACAGUAGCAGAGUUAGACACCCCCCCCCCGAGAGAUGAAUGUUGCCGACCGCUUGCUUCUCUAGUUAUAUCAACUUUAGUAACAACUGCAGGAUAGCAAUAGAGAGAGCCAUGCGCUCAACCAAAGAUGCCAUCUAUAGUCACAAAAAAUGCUCAGAACAGCACCUAACUUCAUCAAGAGUACAUAUAGAGUCCUAGCCAUAGCACUAGCCACCAAACAUCUUUUUAGCUUUGCCUAAUUUCUUUAACAAAGAGGCUAAACACAGCUCACCCACUCUUUUCUAGCAGCGGCUUGUUUGUAGCGAGACCUCGGAUGAGUCCAUUACAGACUGCAGCGAGGUGACGCAGCUCAAGGAAGAACAUUUAUGAUCAUUUCUUUAUGAUGUCCCUGAAGUUAUAAUCACUGUAUUAAUCAUUUUGUACUGCAGACGCGGAAGUUCUUCUUCCUUAGCGUCUCGGUCUUAUUGUAUGUCCAUGAAGAAAUUUUACGCCGGAAUAUCCCUUUAAGACAAUGUUGUGAUACAGCCUGUGUUAGGUGACACUAUAAAUACAGAUUCAGACGGAGUGUCAUAAGCCAGGUGCUUUGUGGUUCAUUUUAGAGAUGACCUUAUCCUAUGUCUGUCACUCCUCCCUGGAGGCUUUACUUUUAUAUCAGUUAGUCUGACUAUAGCGUGAUGACUAUUAAUAAACGGUUAUAAAAUAAAUGCAUGGGCCUCCAUAGCAACAGAGUGAAGUAUUUUUCCCUGACGUUCAGGGAAUUGUAUUCCCGCAUGUUGUUUUAUUUUGAAAAGGACAAACAUGGACUAUAAUAAGACUGCAGGGUUCAUCGUGCUCUGCAUUAGCCACUGUUUGCUUCCACCCAUCAUCUACUCUCGUACACUUUAACUCCUCUGGUGUUCAAAUAGAAAUCAAAGCAGGUCGCUUGCUUUUUUAGAAAAAUAAGUGCACUCUUAUCAUGAAUGAGGUUAUAGUUAGGCCACCUUACAGCAUGUCGUUACUUUAUUACCCUUUUGUCAGAUGCCAGUAUGAAAGGUGACAUCAGACUUGGCAGUGAGGAUAUUUUGAAAUGAGGUUAAAUUCACAAUGGACCACUGUGUUCAGCCCUCAAGCCUUCACUAUUCUCUGCGGAUUACAGGGUCCAUUUCCAUUUAAUAUCGGGUUUCCAGGUGUCGUAUGGAGCGAAAUAUCAAUCACAGUUUGAGUCUGGAAGGUCAGAUCUUCAGUGCUUGAAGUGAUUUUAAUUUAUUCCAGCAAGUGGUCUCUUAGAGAUUUUAUGGCUCUUUCUAAACCAGUUAGACACCCACAUAUUAUUUAUCUGGAAUGUUUUUAUUACAAAACUUGACAGAUGAUAUAAAAAUGGUUGUAAAUUAUUACUACCAUAAUGGCUGGUGAGGAAGUUGUUGACCACAUCAUUGACACAGACUGUACUCCUCUGCAGAGAAGCAGGCAGCCAGCUCCAGUCUGUGGGUUUCCUCUGAUACUCUGUUUUCUUUGGCACAACUCUGCUGAGAAGCCUUCAAAAUGUUACUGCCUGCAAAAGUGUUAUCACUACCCAGAUGAUGAAGUCAUAGUUGCUCUGUCAUUGACGGGAAAACAAGGACAGGAAGGUUGAGUUGAGAAUUUUUCUCCUCUCGCUCAUACUCAUACUCAUACUCACAAGAGACAUGGCUGCAGUGAUACAUGCACAGACUUCACGGUAACUCGCAUGAGAGAAACAAUAACAAAGGCCGUUAUGGGUUCAAUUAGUCCUACAUCGCUCUUUGUUGUCUCAGUAUGCGUCAGACACUUUUAUAGGUCAAAGGUGGUCUGUGUGUUAGACAGUCUGCAGUGAGACUCUGCGGUUCUUAACAGGCUUUCGCUUCAAUCCGCUCCAAUUAAAACAACUAAGACUGACAGCUAAAGAGGGCUCUGUUAGGACCAAGUUCAUUAUUCCGCUUAUUAAAGGAGCGUUAUUUACUGUGACGUAAACAGUUGAUGUCUGGUAUGUCAUGUGGCUAAGCUAAUGUGGUUUUUCUGAUGCAUGCAGCCUAACUUUAAAUUCAGGGUUCUUGGUGGUCCCGUGUUUAGCUGUGUUAAAUAAAUUGACUCAACUUGGACUGCUGCAGGGGUGUUGUAGAAAAUGGCGAGUUUACCCAGGUGGUUGUGCAUUGUGUUUGAAGUCCCCUAUAGAUUGGAUGAAGCUCCAUCCUGCCUUGUCUCUUUCAUGUGAGGACGUAUUCUGUUUGUGAAACCCUUGUCUCGAAGGAAUUGAAUUAAACUAACCAUCCUGAGAGAGAGAGAGAAAAUUCACAUGAAAAUUUCUGCUCUGGCUGCAGUUCAGAAUUUUAGCAGACUUGAUGUUUAAUGACUGAUGAACUACAACAGAGCCCUGGAGUGUUGGUACUGAGAGCUCUGCCACGCCACAGUACCACUCCACUCCAAAACUUGGAUCCUAGUUCGAGUCUUAAUCCCGUCCGCACAUGCCAGCGAUCUAAUUCAGCGACCUGAUCGGAAGUGACAAGAACAGCAGACUCUUGUGUGUUUCGCAGCACCCUGCCCCCAUCACCACUUGCCACCAUGUGAAUUCUCAGCAGUGUGAAUAAUUGCUACAGUCCUGAUUAAACUUCUGUGAAACUAUUAGUGACCUGGCCAAAUCCGGCUGAUCCCUCAAAGUGUUUUCCCUUUUUGCUUUAGGGCCAACUGCUUUCAGAUGUUAGGAACCAAUCACCGAGUGUUGAUUGAAACAUGCUGCCAAAAAUGUGAGAUCUUGUGGUAUGUUAUGUCAAAGUCACGCAAAAUAAUGACCUUCAGUACCUGUUUAUGCCGAGGUUUGGCCAUGUGGCAACCUCCUAUGUUGAAAAAUGAAGCUGGUGCAGACAUUUUAAGAAAACUCAAAUUUUCGACUAAUAAUCAGUCAACAGCUGCAUUUUAUCAAAGGUCGAAGGUUCCUUUAUUUGUACCCUCAGGUAAAUUUUAUUUGCCUUGAAUCACAUGUAUGACAGUAGACGGACAAACAGCACAGUACAUGCAACAGGAUAUACAUAUAAAGUGACAACAGUGCUCGGGGGUAAGACCAUAGACAAGUUACAAGAGAUGAAGAAGAAGCAGCAGCUGCUAGCAAACUAGCUUCAGCAGAUCUCUGAGAGAUGCGUUGACACUUAAAAAAACUGACAGUCAAAGAUUUAUUGUGAAUCUAUUGACAAUGUUGAAGCCUGUGCCACUUUGGGUUACUCAUCAAUUAAACAUUUAUCUUGUUUUUAUUUGAUUCUGUAACCUAUGACGUAUCAGAAGUGGUGAAUUUCAAAAUAAAAGCACAGCUAAAUAAUGCUGGAAAAAGCCAUCUUUCACUCUCCAUUAGAUGUGGACUCAAACUAAUUGGAUAAAUAUAGAUUUCUUUGUGGUUUCUUUACCUGUCUUGCAGCUCAUCUGGUGUCUAUCACGUAAUUACACAGCUGUCAGCCAGUGCAUUGGCAUCUGGAUUGUUGCUGGGUUUUCCUGGAGAGCUCAGUGUUUGGUACUGACAAGAAAUCUGGUCACUUUACAUAAUGCGGUUUGUUUUGGCCACCUGCUGCUCCCUCACCGGAGAUACCCCGAACAGAAUCUUUUCUAGCUUCUUUAGUCUCAGCUCCAGCUUAUUGUGCGAAAAACACAAGAAGCUUAAUCACUCACUAAUUUGUUUCUUACAAGCACAAGAAUUUCAGCUCUUUUCCGGCACAGCCCCAUCCUUCAAACUUGGUAACCUCUGUCAACUUUUGGCAGCUAUAUGCCAAACUCUCAGUGACUAAAGCUAUUAUUUAUACAGUCUGUGGUUUUGGUGGAUCCAGGAUUAGCAACUAAGUCUUUCAGUCAGUAAUGCCAGCCUUCUGGACUGUGAGUUUUACUAUUUAUCACCAAAUUGCCUGGACAGCCAAAUUGGACCGUGCUGGAUAUUCAAUCAAAUAUUAACCCAGCUCAGUAUCUCCCGCCGUCUUUACUUCUCUCCCUCUCUGACAGAAACUCUACUUCAGUUCCACUUUACACCCACAAGUUCAAUAAUGCAGCAGUUAUAAUGUACCUCUUUGCAGUAGUCCCAUGAGCACGCCGGCUUUUAGCAUCGCUGAAUAUCGGGCUGUAUAAACUGUGAAUAUCAAUUAGCUUGUGUUAUUGAUCUUUAUACAAGGCCAUACCCAGCUCUGUACUCCCUGCCCACCUUCAUUCAUUUUACAUUCUGAUCCUGUACGUCCUCCUCCGCCACAUGUUUGUGGAGAUGUCAGCUGCUGUCAGUUCACAUUUUUCUUCCAGCUGCACCUCCUCUGCGGAAGUUUUAAUGGUUUAGAUGCAGAGCAGGGAGAGGCAAAAACACCUGUAAUGAGAGAAAUCAUGUCUGUCUGUGACUAAGCAUGAUGCACUGAUAGAGUCUCCGCGCUCAGUUGUGACAAGUAAAAAUGUCUGUGGAGAUAUAUGCAUGUUUUAUCUCCUCUCUGUGGCAGGUUAAAGCUCCCCAUGAUAACAGCCUGUGGGUUUAGCCUGCCUCGCGAAAUAUAUCUCUCUCCGUCUUAAUGAAAUCAUUCAGGGUUGCGGCGCUUAUCUGCAAAGAGCCCUGGCGUUCUCGGCUCCUAUAAGCAUAUUUCUGCCUCACUAAUAUGCAGGGUGCUGCAAACUGAGAAGUCCCCCCCUGAGAAUGUGUGCAGAAUGUCAUUAGUGAGUCUUAGGUCUUCCCUGGAGACUGUAGUCACAUUUUACUUUCACAAAAAAGUUUUUUUCCCCUCGCAUUGGAGAAUUUUUAAAGAUAACAUCCUUUUAACAUUCAGAAAGUUUUUUUCUGUUUUUGUUCGUCUAAGCUGAACUUUUAAAGGACAGUUUCACAAUUUUCUUGGAUAUUUUUUGUAUUUCUAAACAAAAUAAAGUAGAAAUAACUUUUGGGGCUGGAUUUGGCUUCAGUGUUUUUCGUAACAUUGCAAGAAUCUUACAUAGAUAUGACUCAUCUGUUCCUCCCUUUAGAAAGUUCAAACUCUUAUCAAUUUUUAAUGUGAACAUAAAUCAAACCGGUGCGUUUGUGUAUAAAUAUGUGCUCUCAACCCAAGACCUGCCCAGCACUUUUCAAGAGUUUUUCAGGUCUUCGUUGGACAUUCAUGCGUAUUAAAGAAGGCACUCCCUCCCUCCAUCCUGCCAUACUUUCAGACAGUUCACUCAGAUAUAUCUACAUCUACAAUACUGUCAUCAUUAAAAAGACCUUUGUAAACAGAGAUACCUCUUGUCAGGCCUCAUCAUAAGCCUUUUCAGAGCUGCUCAUCUCCCUUGCUCAGUGUUUAAGCUUUUAUUACUCACUGUGGUCUUAUUCUUAUAACGUGUACAUAAACUAAACCAAAGAUCACCCCCAUAAGAACCAUGAUUCCCAUCAGCUGUGGUCACUAAUUAAGUGUUUUAAAACCCAGAGAUGGCCAUACACCACCAUACAGGAAAUCCUUUCAGCUUAUACUGACGUGGAAUUGAGGCCGUGCUGCCCGGUCCACCUGUCAGUCAAAUCAGGCACACACCUCAUUAUUUUACCCACCUAUUAUACAGAUUUCUUAGCUGGAUUUUACUUGAUUGUGAUUGGUCUGUGUAAGGAACGACUACCUCCUGUGUUAUUUCAAGCCAGCCUACAGAACAACAUCUGGCACGUUUAUAAAAAGUAUGAUUUCACCUUUUCUGUUGACAAUGCAGCAGAAAUAUUGGUUUUCAAAAACUUGGCUAAAAAAAGACUGAAAAUAUUAAAAUCAUUGUCCUUACUUAUUUAGAGGGCCCAAACCUAUAGAUUAGUUAAUGGCUGGUUAAGUGAGAAUAAAAUGCUAUUUUCUGUAAAUAAAAUGUUAUGAUUUAAAACAGUAAACAGUUGCGACAUCUGAUUCACCGGUAUAUCCAACAUGGCCGACCGGCGUGUCCAAGAACAGAGUGCUUUUUGAUAAAAAAUGCAAAUAUUACAAAGAUAACGACCUGAAGGACAACUUGUGGAGAGUCAUAGCAUCAGAUUUCUCAUAUGACGAUGGUUUGUGUGCUUUAACAGUUUCCUAAACGUCUUUGUUUUAACUUUCAUCUGUGCUAAGUAACUUUAGCUUGUAAGCUAACCUGUUCAGAUACAACAUACCAUAUGUAUUUUCACUGUCUCAAACUCAAUCGCGUUGCUGUCACAGCACCGUUAGGUCUUGGUUGUUACCUUAUGUUUAUGGAUUAUAGUUUAAUGUGCUUAUCUCGUACUGGCCCUGACUCAGUACAUGCUAUCAUGACAGACAGACAUCUCAACACUACUGCCUAAUCAGAACUGAAAAACAGUCAGUCUGCUGUUGUGUCAGUCUUCUCGCUUCCAACCGGGACACGUCUUUAUUCCCCCCAGAAAGUCGCAAAAUCGCAUCGCACUUGAUGUGUAUAGUCAGACGCGUCGUUUAUCUGCGUCGUUCCCGGUGUGUAAGGACCUUAAGUCUCAAUUUUAUAACUGGUGGUAUAAAAUUCCACCUUUCGUACAGUUGAUACUAUUAGAGAAAUGAGAUAUGGAGACCAGGCUGUAAACAUGUUUGACUCUGCUGUGAAAUUGAUUAAUAUAAACCCUUAAAGGGGUCUCCUUGGCUUUUAGAGCUGGCCUCACAUUUAAACUACACAACUGCACUCUCCAGCCGUCAACACCAGCUGUCUGUGCUUGGUUGGGACUAAUUUCAUCGAAAGCCUAAAAUUAAUACUUUCCUGAAACCGGAGGAGGAAGAGUUGGAGGAAACAGAAUCACUGGGAAACUGCUGAGUGGUCAGAAUCUCCACCUGGCUCCUGGAGGCACAAACAAACAAUUGUUCAGGGUUGUGCAAAAGCAGCAACGGUACAGCUGUCUCAACCCCUGAGCUAUAAGUAAACACCUAAAGGAGCCUGAACUCAAGUGUAGAUCAAAUGUCAAGUUUCAGGUUGAACCCUAGAAAACUGUCAGCUCAGCUCUUGCUGUGAGAGGUGAGGAGUUGUUGUGUCUGGGAGUCGCUCACAAAUGGGUCCGUAAUCUGUCCUAUACACACGAGAGGUGAUGGCAGGACGUCGGGGGAGUACGGCUGCAGCUGCCUCUGCUGCCGGCUUUCAUGUGGUGUGGGUUGAGGUGUCAGGGCAGCUGGAACAGGAGAGUGUUGGUAGAAAAACACUUUGAGCUGAGGCAACAAAAGAGAAAACAGAAAAAAAAAGAACUUGUCUAAAUCCAUCAGUUUCCAACUUCUAUGCUAGAUUCCCACGAAAUGAUAUUUUUAGACCAGGACUGAUAUAAAUCAGAGCAUCUGUCUCACAACUUCAGGAGCCUGUCACCAUGUUAGUCAUGUUGACUGAACAGAUUUGUCUGUCGCAGCCUGUCUGCAGUCUGUGAAAUCUUAGUACUACAUCAUUUGUUAUGGUAACAGACUGAAAACGUCUUUCACAUGAGAGAUACGACUGUUUGUGUGGUUAUGUGUACAAAAACAGGGAUGAUUGUACAUUUACAGUAGAAAAAUGCUUGAAAAACAGCCAAACGGUCUGUGUAAGCUCUGAAAUGUUCAAACAGACAUUUUGGCAGAGACACACUCAUCAGAUAAAAUACAUUUGAUGUUUUUUUAUAGGAUUGAGAAUGCUUGGAAAUAUACAUUAAAUUAUAGGAGGAUUUAGCUCAUCUGAAUUGCUUUAAUUACCCGUAAAUGUUACAAAUUUCACGCCAGAAAAUUUCAAGCACUCAGCUUUUUAACGUAAUUAGACUCUUGGCAGGCAGGAAAGCGUAUAAAUAGUCGUUCCACCUCAUGAUGCUCACGCUCUAUUAACCCUCAUCCCACCUAAAUAUUUAACCUACAAACUAGGACUGUUUCAAUUCCCCACAGUAUAAUACCGAAGAAUCAAAGCACCAUGCAAAGUCGUGAUUACAAAUUUGCAAAUGUCAGAAUAGGCACUCUGUUUAAUCUGUUUCUGUCUGACUCUUUUCGCUGGUUCCUUCGCUUUCUUUGCAAUCUCCUCCGACCCUGUGUCUGAUUUUACCAGUGUCACAUGUAUAGUGACUGUCUCAUGCUGCUCUCCCUGCCUUGGCUUUUCAUGCAUGCACAUGAAACAGAGGGGAGGGGUGCUCUCCCUGCUGCAAGCUUAGGCAUUCCACGUACUUAAAAUCCAGGUAAAACAGAGCCGUGCUGCAAAAUCUAACUAAUCCAUCAUGCAAGUGUUUAAUCUUUUGACAGAAGUGGUCCUAGCUGAGAUAAAGCAUUCAGGAGUCAAGCGAGGUCUGUAGGUGGGGUUAUUUUUGCAUACUUAACUGAACUUGAGCUUAACUGUCUUGUUCAAAACGGGUAUCAAAAUAACAAAUUGGCAUGGAUCAGGCAUAUUGGAUUGUAUCAUUAGUCACUCCUGUAUAACUCCCACCCUACCUUAUCAACAUCCAUCAGAUCAGAUGUUACUCUUUGUAACAAGAGUCUCCUCAGCCUCCUCUCUUGACUUGGAGUCAAAUCUGAUCACAAAGAUACAAUGAUGUCCAAACUGACAGUCUGAAUAUGCCGCUCCGCUUUGCACGUCAAUGCUUUUUAUUAAUAAUUAAAACUUGGUGUGCUGGAGCAGUUCGAUAUGAGAUACUGUCUGCCACUGAAGCAGAGAUGUGUUCAGUGUUUGCAGACAUGUGGCUCCAUCCUCAGAGCUGCGCCUACAAGAGAGAGGCUGCGGUUGCUGCCAAGAAGUUUUUCGACUCGUAUCGAGGUGAUGCCUCGUGGUGCACUUAAUGAAGUACGGGCAGAACGAGCGAGGAGUAUCGAUCCUCCUUCUCAUGCCUAAUGCAUGAAGCCAGAGCUAAUUAUUUUCUGAAAUCAUUUGAGGCUAUUAAAUGAAGAAAGUUCACGAAAGCUUGAGUGGCACAGCUGAACCUUUUUUACUCUGAGUUCAUGUCCUCAGCAUGCACAGUUAUGGUGAGUUACGGCUCAUGAUUGGUAUAAAAUCAUAUUUCCUGUUUUGAUUUGAAUGAUUCUUAGUGAAGAAGGAUCCGGCCAUGGGAGUUAACCUCACUGUGAGGCAUUAGCUGAUGCUUUUAACUUAAAAUAGCAAAAAUAAUAUCAACCAGAAGACGUCUCUUCUCUUGCUCAGCUGUAAUUUUAAAUGCCCGCCAUAGGGCUGAGAAAUAUGGCCAAUAAAGUCUCUGAUUUUUUUUACACCAGAUUUUAAUAGUUUCUUUUAUUUACUUCUUAAAAUAGCGACAAGUAGUGAAGAGUUAUGAGGGCCCAGAGGCCACAAACAGGACUUAAUGGAUAAAACUGAUUUAUCGCCCAGCCCUACCUGCCCCAACUUUCUUCAGGACAGUUGCCAAUCAGGAUACUUAAUGUGUCAGUGACCCAGAGGGAGUGAGAGUUUUCCUGUUUCUUGUUUACUUGCCAGUUUGGAAGCAAGAAAGGAUCAUGGAUUACAAGCAGUAAAGCGGCGUAUCCAAGUUAGAAUAAUCUACGGGAUAAAGAAGAUCUGCUUAGUCCACAGGGGGCGCUAAAGCUAAAAAAAUCAAGUGUUUUUUGAUUGCUUUUUGUAGCCUGAAGUGUGCCGUUCCUUUAGGGAUCUUUAGUGCAUUUUGGCGCCUUUUAACACAUCAUUUUGGUAUUAUGUAGCUCAGACAAGACUUAUUCAGAAAUUUGAAAAGUAUUAUCUUUUAACAAAAGGUAAGAAAUAAACCGUACACUAUCUGCCAAAGAACAAAAAUAUAAAAAGUUUGCAUCUACAUUGAUUAGUUUCAAGCAGUUUUUUUAGGAAACAAAAACGGAGCUGAGAUGAGAGUAAAAAUAUUGAAUUUUACAUUUAUCAGACUGCCAGAAACGUAACUCAAGAUGAAUGCCGAGUUGCUCUGUAUUUGCAGGAUGUCAUAACAGGUAACUUGUUUGCUCAAACUCUGCAAUUAUGUCAAUUUUCACUUCACCCAUCAGAAUAUGAAAAUCCUGUUGAGAAUGUAACUUCCAAGGAAACUCACUUCUGUCUCCGCAAACAAAGACGCCACAGUUUAAUGGUUUUGUGUUCCAGCAACGACAAUAACUGACAUUUCAUUUGCUGGUGGACUAAUUAGAGGACUGAUUAGUUGCAUGCAAAGUGCUACAACUGUUACUCGUCUGUCACGUUCCCUCCGGCCCAGAGGAACCGCUUCAUCCCUUCGUGUCAGGGUACGCCUCACCCACAAGGCUGUCUGCUAUAAGCUCGUCAAUCUGUAACCAGUCUUUAGCCACUUUCGGGCACUCGUCAUCUGUCAAACAUUGUUAAAGAGAUUGAUGUGUCCUCAGCUGCGCCACAUCCCUCUGAGGAAGAAGCAGAAGGAAAGUUUUGUGUGGAUGUAAAAUAAAGAUAGAAGCAUUAUUAUUCACGUGUUAGUAAACCACUUUAAAUGUCCGCAGAGAAAAAACAGGAUUUCUUUCAGCAGGACCGCUGCUGUCCUCACGCGCCCCGCAUACUGACUCUUAAUGCAUGAUCAGAGUGUUUACUGCUCUGUCGUUAGCGGUGUGUGUUACUGCUUUACAUUCAGUGUGUGUGUGUUAGCCCAGAGAGCCUGUGACAAGGGCUGCCAUUCAGCCACUUCACUGUGCUCAUUUACAAUCUGCUCUCCACGUUGCCUGGCUAAGUGGUGACUGAGUGAGGCCUAUUUUUAACUCCUCUCCUGUAACUGGAGCACAGAGCUCAUUCAUUUCAAUGGGUAACCGAGUGAAAAAGGCAGGCAGGUGUCAAUCAGCAACGACGGACACACAGUUAGUUAGUGCUGAUUAAAAUUCAUUUUACAUCUCCUUAUUUCUCAUUGACUUUUUUAUCUACUCAGACAAGUAGACCCAAAAUGAUCUUUAAUUUGAAACGACAGCAUGGCACCACUGGGAUCCACACUUUUCCUAUUAAUGUUGCUGUUGGGAACAUUUAGGAGUUUAACUUUGCUGUAAGAUUCAUGAAUCUCAGCAGCCUUUCGGGCUCCCUGCGCUGGCUGCCGGCCAACCCUUAUCUUCCAUCCAUAUCCACAGGACAUUUUUAUCACCUUUUCAUGUGUGCAAGCCCAAGAGUUUAACACAGCCUGGCCACUUUACAGAGCAAACUGCUCUGAUAAACGUUUAUCUCCCCCUACUUGAGCGUUUAAUACAUCAUCAGUCGGGGAAGAGUGCAAACAUGAAAACAUCUCAGUCUCAGGGCAAAAUCCCAGGCCGCCUUAUUUCAUAUUUACAGAGUUUAUCCUGCAGAAGGUCGAAGCUCCGGGUGAUCACUCGUUGGCUUGUAAAGCCUGCGAUGGCUUCGACCCGUGUCCACUGGAGAUGAAUGGAACAGAUGGGUCGAGAGCUUAAGUGGGGAAGUGAUUCUGCUGAUGACACCUGUGCAUCAUGCGUGCACUUCAUGCACCUGCAGCUGCCUGUGCACGGACCCACACCCUGAUCCUGUUAUGUUGGCUGAGAUCGGAUUGGGCUCUGCCAGAUGGGCAUAAUUAGCUGAUGAGACUGAAUCAAAAUGCACCAAUUUAUCAAAGUGUUUGGCUCCAAAGUGCCGUGGCAGAAUUAAGGUGAUGAGUGCCAUCGUUUAAGACCAAUUCUGCUGACAUAACAUUUCCAGCAGGAGAUGGAUACUUCAUAUUAUUGUAUAUGUGUGAUGCAAGCUCAGCUAAAUUAAACGUAUGAUGUUCACAUUUAGUAAAUUACGCACAAACAUGCUGGCGUCAUACGUUUUUUACAUUACCAACAUAUUAGUUGGGCCAGUAAUUUCCCAAACAAACUGGGCAGAUUAAAGCUCCUGUGAGCAACUUUUGUUCCUGUAUUAAAUUUGGCGCCCCCUGUGGACACAACAGUCUUAAUUUAUUUAUUAUUUUUAUUUAUUCUUAAGUGUGUCAUUUAACAUAAUAAUAAUAAUAAUAAUAAUAAGUAUUAUAAUUACUAUUAUUAUUAUUAUUAAAACAACAACAACAACAACAACAAUAAUAAUAAUAAUAAUGAUAAUGAUAAUAAUACAUUUACAAGAAACAGUAUAAAAUACAGAAAAUGUGGAGUGAUAAGACCAACAAUGUAAAAGGUUAAAAAAAGAUAUAAUAUGAAAAGACAAUAAAAACAGUUCACAGAUUAAAAGCCAAUUUAAAAGGUGUCUUUUUAGGAGUGAUUUGAAAGUAUGGGGGUCUGUGCAGUCUUGGAUAUUUUGAAUUUUUUUUAAUGUAAAUAUGGUCUCAUUUGCUUUUAGAUAACAUAAACAGGCAUCAGUAUGGAUUUCAGUCUGUCUCAUAAAUCUCAAAAAACUCCUUACUGGAGCUUUAAGAUAACUAAAUUUACAGGAAAUGCUUUGCACCUUACAAGUUUUAGGUAAGUGCACAUUUGCCGAUCUGUCCAGGGUGCAUCCCACCUUUCGCUCAGUGUAUCUUGGAUUGGCUGGCUGGAUGUUUGAUGAUCUUUUGAUUAUUAACAGCAGGACAGUGUAUUAUUUGUCUCAAAAUAAGCCUGAAAUCUCAUGUUCAGAGUAAUUUAGGUCCAUGUGAUCGAGGGAACAGUGUGGCUUAUUGAUGCAGCUUCAAAGGUCCACAGUCGUUUGAGGUAGGGCAAGUUAUCCACUUUAUAUUCAUUUUAAUAAACAGUAUAAAUAUUUGAACUGUAAUGACCUGGUUGGAGACUCACAAAGCCAUUUUAAAUAGCUUGCCUUUUAGUAUUUCAAAGUGUUGGAGUGCAUUGUUAGAUACAGGAUGUGCUAAAAAUAGUUUGAACAGAUUAUAACUUUAAGUGGGAUGGGCUCAAAUUAGACUUUUUAAGUAAGUGACAAAUCUCCUCUUUAGUUCUGCUGUCAGCUCAGGCAGUCAGAUACUUAAUUGGCUUCAUUAGUUUUAAUUGGUAAACAUAUUACAAUAUAAAAAGGUAUGCAAGAAUGACUAAUGCUUUAAACUGAAUAAUCUGUGGGGCAAAAUAAGUAAGCAAGAGUAAAUAGCUCCACUGGGGCAGCUUAUGAAAAAUGUGAAAGGACUUCUGGAGAUAGAUGCUGUUUUAUUUUAUGAUGAGGAAUACUAAUGCAGUCAGAAUCUGUCAUUUCUGACAACCUUUUUAAACUUGGCGGCUUUCACUAGUUGUUGAUAAAAAAAAAUGUAUCUGCUGAGUCAUGCUGGACUGUACCAAGAGCACCAUUAUAAUAUGGAUUCAGUAUGAAGAGGAGGAGGAGGAAGUUUGUCAGAUAUAGACAUUCACUUGUAAGGGAGCACAGUCUGAAUCAAUCUGAAUAUUGAAAACUUCCUCAUUACUGAAACCAUCUCCGUUUCAGAGGAAUUAAAGCGUCUUAGCGCUCUCUUGCUUGAGCGCUGCCAGUCUCUUUGAUGCCAGAGUCUAAUGAGGCUUACAUUAUACCACAGCUGGCAGAGGCCCCAUCCCAACACCGGAUACUGACUCAGGAGGUCAGAGUCAAGCCUCCGCUGGCAGACACAUGUACUUUUAAUACCACAACCCACUCAUACAACUGACACCAAGCACAGUGGUGUGAAAGUGUUUAAACUCUACUAACAGCAAUGAUUUAGGUCAGCUCCAAACAGGGACUUAUUCAUAACACUGAAUUUUCACCAGUGGACAGACUUUUAAUUUGAUUACAAAAAACUGCAGUUGGUUUGACAUUGAUGUGGUGCUGUCAGAUGACAUUUUGUGCACAUGCAACACAAACAAAAAAAGCCCUGAAUUUCUGACAUGCAAGACAUUCAUGCAGCUGAUGAGGAUGUUGUGGCUCCCUGCCUGACAAACGAUGUGUGAUGGAGUAGAAACCUGCCUCAAUAAGCUGAGUGUAUUCCUGGUCCAGAGUGUUGCACUGUAAAGUGUCAGCCAGUGGAGUCCUGCAGGAGGCAUUGGAAGGAUAACUGACUUAUACCCCUGCACACACCUGCUCCAAUCUACACACCUGCUAUGAGUCAUGCUUAUACAUUUACACAAACACACAGUGGCUGUUUAUCAUGCAUAAAGUGAGUCUCCUGUAAAAACACCAGCAGCUGGAGAAACUGGACCCCGCUUUGCUAAGUAGGGGUUGAACAGUGAGUUGCAGCAGGUUGCGCUCCCAUGCUUCACUGCAUGUUUAAUUAUGCAGCUUCAAAGCAACACUUUGCACUAUUCAAUAAAACGCCAGCUGAUUUACUCUUUUGAUAGAUUUUCUCUCCUGCAGAAUAAAACCUCGGAGCAGGCGCUCAGCUGAAAUGAUAACCUUUGCUGCUGCUGAGUGAUAGAUUUCAUUUUAAAAGCGUUAUGCUUUCCUCAUUUAAAAUGACAGGUUUUGAUUUAUGAUCAGAUCUUAAGUGAAGCCUGACAGUGUCACUACUAAAACAGUUCAUUGAACGCUGGUAACAAAGAUUCACUCUUACAAAUUGCAGAUAUCAUUUCCCUCUUAUUAACCUCCUGCUUUUUAUGUAAUCAUAUAGGCACUUUCUGUAAUGGAUCAGUAAUGGAGUGAUUUUAAACCUUGUGUGUCUGUGUGUGUGUUUGUGUAUUUCUGCACUUUGUAGAUGCAUUGGUCUUUUAGUAAGUCAGCCUGUAGUCGCUGCAGUCAUUAUCACAGCGUCAGCAGAUGAGGACCGCUGCUGUCCUCUUCUUGGCCUUGGGUUUUGGCCGCUUUAUUAGAUUGACCUCACAGGGGCAGAGGUGAGCUUGGAGGUAAAUAGAGAAGCUGAGUCAGCAUUGAGGAGAAAUGCAACAUGUAGUCGGCUUUGUAAACUUCAAACGUGGGCAUUGAAACACAAAGAUAUGCAGACAAUUCUUACGUGACAGCUUGAAUAGACAUGCAGAGGAGUUUACAAAAAAAAGCUGUUUGCACACAAUGCAGGGGCAAGGUGCUUAACUCAGGCUUUAGCUUGUUAUUCUUUCAGAGGUUCAGCUGUGAAUAAGUUUGUAUGUGUGUCAACUGUGACCUCUGACAGCUAUAAAAAGGUGUGGAGUUCUGGUGAGGUGACAGUGAAUGCAGGGCCGAGUUUUCUCUCACUAAUCCCUGCAGGCUCCAGCACUUUGAUUAUGUCCCUUUUACUGCUUAUUGUAUCAGCAAAUUCUGCAGCUUUGAAUAGUAAUACCUGCGGUUUAGUGGGAAGCACAAAACCAAAUAUGUAUGCACCUCUGAUUCUGUCCCACCUUCGUUAGAGGACGUACAUACUCACUAUCAAGAAUAAUGGAAACAGCAUAUCUGACAGCGUGAAGGCAGCGCAAGAUAAACCCACCCAAAGUUAGGCUGCAGCAUCUCAACUGGAAUGACUUCAGUGCAGAUUUACCUUGUUGCCAAGCAAUAAGGGCCUAUGGAGGGUGUAGCUCAACAACCUUUCAACAACCUUUAAUUUAGCACUACAAGUCUGCAUCAGUGUGUGUGUGUGCAUGUGUUUGUAACUAAUAUAGCGAAGAAGAGCAGGAGCAAGAUGGAGAAACUUUGUGGAGUCGUGAUGAAAGUUAACUGAUGAAUCUCAGCACACAAAGUCGUUCUUAAUUGUAAGGCAUGAUUUUAACGCAGUUUAGGUGUCCACUGAUGUACGACUCAUAAAUAAGAGAGGUACGUUUUUUGACACCAACAGGAUUUUGCAGCUAGUUAGCGAAGAUGUCAACAGGGUCAUGUUAAAGCUCAUGUGAGGAAUUUUUUGUUUGAUUUUGGCGCCCCCUGUAGACAAAGCUCAACCUCUUGCAUCUAUACUGAUCACAGUAUGUUGCAUUAUCUGAUAUUGAUCAAAAUUAUAGUGAUUAUCAUCCUGGCAAUAACCAUGCAGACCUACUUUAUUUAUUUCAGGGCAGAGGUUUUUACAAGCUGUCUUUGUGUUAAAGCUGCUGUAAGGAACUUUUGAUCAGUGAAGAUUUUGACUCCCCCUAGUGGACAAAGACAUAGUUCUUAUCUUUUGUUCCUAACAUAGGAGAGUAAUGUUUUUAGACAUUAACCUAAUCCUCUUGUCUUUAAAUAGUGAAAUGUUUCACUUGCUAAAUAAUGCCCAUGAAAAAUGCAGUUUUUUUUUUUUAUUACCUUGCUGUCGAUGAUGUGGUCUGACAUUUGUUACAGCAUUUUAAAGCAUUAAAAAUCACAUUUCAGAUUCUUACUGUAAUUUUUGGUCAUUUUAUCAGAUACUUGCUACCAAAAUUUUUACAUUUAAGCUAGUCUGAGCUUUGUGUACCUUUUUCUUUGCUGCAGCCCAAUCCUAAACUUUUCACCCUGUAAGCGUUUGGAAAUGAUGUCUGUUUUUGUCUGAUCUUUGAUUAAAGUAAUGAUAUUUUGUUCAGGACUGCAGGUUGCAAUCUGUCAUCUGCACCUAACUGAUUUUAAAAUAGUUAGAGAUUGAUGUAACAUGAAUUCAUGUUUCUACUGAAGCUACACAGAGAAGUUCAAGUUAUAUCCCCCGCUCAGAUACUUCAGGGUCUUUUAAAGCGGCUCUGAUGCACUCGAAGUUUAGCACAUUCAGAGCGAUUUGCAUCCGUCUAGUUUUAAAGAGCUUCACGGUCCACAGGCACCUGAAUGCGACUGCAUAUUGUCAAGUGGCACUUUAGCAGUCCGACUGAAAUAGAACAACUUCCUCUUACAUUUUGCAGCUAUAAAUAUUUCACAGCAUUCAACGGAAAACUCUUUUGUCUUUGUUCUGUACGAUUGCAGCGAGACACAGCUCUCUGUUGACGGAGCAGCGGCUGAGAUGGAGGGAGUGCCGUGUAUUUCAGCGAGCGUUUGUUUGAAAAAGGAAUAGUUUAUGGUCCGGAGUUGACGGGUCACUUUAGUGUUAGAUUUGUAGCAGCCUGUCAUGUUGUUUCCUCGGUUAUCUCUGGGAAGUAAUUUGCCUGGCUGUGUUGGACGAGGAUGGAUGAUGUCACCGUUGGCGAAGAUUGAUAGUCAUAGAAGAUGGUGUCCAAUAAAUUACAUAUAUCACAUAUAAAUAAUGUUUUAGGAUGCUAGUUGAGCCAGUUAUUAAGAAAAAUGGAGUGUGCUGCAGUGUAGGAAUCGCUGUUUUAAAAGGUCACAGCCGAGCCUGUUUAUAAUACUCCCGUUAGAGCUCAAUUAUUAUGUGUUGUGAAGGCUAAUACUCUGCCUCCAUUAAGUGAUGGUGUGUUUGUGCAAAGAUCUCUACCAAUAACGCACUGAGCCUGAUGAAUGUUGUUUUAAUUCUGAUUUUUUAUGAGUGUUUUAGGCACAAAUAAACUAUUGUAAGGUAGUUUUCUAGCUGUCACAUUUUGUUUUCAACUGAAUGUUGUGCUGCUUGUUUUUAGACAUAAAGCUUCUAACUGUUGGUUGUUGUUUUAUGGAAAAAAUCUUCCUCUUAUGCCGCACUCCUCCCACCAAAAUGUCACAACACUCCCCUGCUGGAGACACUAUAAGUGAAGUCCUUCUUGUCGCAGUGCUUGACAAAUGCUCGGCCACCCUCGGGCCUUCAAGCUCGAGUGUGUGGGAAGGUGGGAAGAGAGGAGAGAUUGCAGAAGAGGGUCUAAAUGUUACAGUAUUGAGUUUUAUGAGAGCUCCACUGUAUAGAUGUUUAUUACCUAGAGCUAAUGUUAUCAUGAGCCUCAUGUUAAUGUCAUAUGACAGGUUUGAGAUUGGGGAAAAAUAGAUAUUUAGUCUUUGACUGACCUCAAGUGCUUCUUUGCCAAAGCUGCAUUUGUGGUGCAGAUUUGUCUGGUUAGAUUGAUAGUGUUUAUUAAGUGUUUCUUCUGUUAACAGCACUGCAGGAAUCAUUGGCUAUAGUUGGAGCGGUGUCCCAUCAUGAUAACACUGAAACAGGCUUUGAAACUUCUAUUUCAUUCAGUCUAGAAGGAAAAGUUUCUAUUUUGGCUUUACCUUUGGAAAGCUAUCAUGUCGUCCACACAUACAGAUUUUGAAUAAUAAAUGCAUUGAAAUUAAAUCAAAUUACUCAAAACCGGUCUGAUUGUUUAUUCUAUUGCACAAGCCAAUCUGGAGAAAUCUAAACAAAGGAUGAGGCCAAAUGGUCUUACCAGACAAGACUCUGUAGUGGGAAUCACUGCAUGAGCUCAAAACCCCUCCUAGAAACCACAUUCUGAGAAUACAGUUCUCUGCAUCCUCAAAUGUAGGUUCGAAUCUGCACCAUGUCAGGAGGAAACCAGAUAAAAUACACAAGUGCAGUUGGACAAUUUUUCAAAACUCCAGACAUUUGUCUCCUCAGUCCCCAACAUUUACAGAGUGUUGUCAAAAGUGUAACAAUUGAAUGUUAGGAGCAAAAAUGUGCAUUUAAAUUUUUCAAUUUUUCACUUCUGAUAUCUUUUAUUAAACAUGAGCCUCUAAUUAUUUGCGAACCAUCCCCAACUGUUUUUAUUAACCCUUCAUGCAGCAGCCUCCCAACCUUUUUUUUAUUCCAGUGUUGUAUUACAGCCAACUGUAAAAAAAGCACAUGGUCGUCUUUGUCCAAAUGGAGACGUUUCUUCUCAGUUUCUGAAGAAAAUCCUCACUUACACUCAUGUCUUGUCUUCUGCGCACAUAGAGAAAUCUUUUGAUUUGGAGACAAGAGUGAACCCUUCACCUUGAAUCCUCAUGUCACUCUGGUUUUAACCCUCAGUGCUGGAUAUACAAACAGACGUGCGUAAAGUGGUAACAUUGGUGGUGAGACCUCCCACCUCUGCCGUCCAAGAAGCGUCUUUCUCCUACCUGCUGCCGGCUCAUCAUAUUUUCCACUGUGGGCUGAAGCAGCAGACCAUCCCGGCUCAAUAGAGCCUCCAUUCAUUCAAUGAACUUUGGAGGGAGGGAGGUGGAGGCUGCUCCCUGUGACGGCUGCUGUUCUCCUCAGCUCGUGAAUAGGUGUGGAUGUGAAAGGUUCUGACUCAUGAACUGUUGGGUUUAUUCAUGGCUCAGGAGGGACCGGUGCUGUUAAUAAUCCAGACUCCAGGGACUCUGUGUGGACUGAAAGAGAGAGAGGCCGCAUUGUUGCGUUAAGACAGACAGGCUUUCUCUGUCUGAGGUCGUUUUUAAUGAGAUCUUUCUUUCGCUGUGUUUACUGUAAAGCUUUCCCUUCCUGUUCGUCAGAAAUGCACCAUUGAGCGAGGUUUUAGUCGGCGAAGACAUAAAAAAAGAGCCUCACGUUGCUCUCAUUAGCAUGGGAGCCAAAAUGAGUUUUUACUGAUCAGAUUCCUUGUGUUACAAAUUGCCUUCAUGCAUAUGUGAUUUUGGCCCUGCACCCCUUUUCCCGCCUCUCACCGUAUGAUUAAUGGUUUGACGAUGAGAUGAGUGCCUCUAGCUGACAGUGGAACAAUUAAUACUCUACUCUGCUGCUGUUUUUCUCUGCAGACAGAAUGAGACUGAACCCACCCCACCCCUGUCAGAAAAAGUGCUGAACACAACAAGACAGGGCCAGAAAACAAGAGAAUAAUCCUCUAAUUAAAUCUUUUCUGGCUCAAAGCGGGAACAGUGAGUUACUUCAACUGGGUCUGUUGCUAGAGCAGCUAGCUAGGUGGAGGAUCAAGAAUAUUUCAGAUUUAUAAGUCCAGAAAUUGCCUCACACAUCAUCAGCUGCUCCCAUAAUCAGCCAUAGGAGACACACUGAGGUCUCUACUCCAGUUGGCUGCCUGCCACUGCAACAAAUUGAACCUAAAUUAAAUCUCUUUUUGAUUUUUGCAUGCACUGAGGAGCUACAUUUCUUUGUCGGUCUUAGUUUUUCACGUUUAUCUACUUUUUUUGCAAUGCUUAAAAUCAUUUCACCGCCUCCGCACCGCAACCCCUGCUGCAAACCAUCAACAUCUGACAUGAAGCCAAGAGCUUCCUCAGGGAAGCAAUAUAUCACUUCAAGGAAUCCUUUAGCUGAUUCAAUCUCCUUAAAUCUGGUGGAAAUGAAUCGAUUUUUUUGCUAGUUCUGCCAGGAGGGAGGCGGUACGAGUCAGACUGAAUGUUUGGCUUUUUCUGUAUCAGCGGCGGCAGAGCGUUGAUACGUUUACCAAGACAAAACUACACUCAGUUCAGCUCUUAUAUGUCAAAAAAGCAAGAGUUUAACAACAGAGAGGUGCAGGGGAAGAGGGUUAUUUGAAGUGAAACCUGGUGCCGUAAAGUGUUUGCUGACAAGAAAAGAAAAGAUUUUUGAAAUGCACCUCGCUCUCUAUGAAGUGGAGGGAAAAAGCAAAGCAAAAUGAAGUCAUGACCGGGUAACUGCUGGGAAAAGAGUGCCUGAAAAAGCCCUGAAAGUAGUAAAGCAGAACACAGAGAGGGAGUAGAGUUUUCACUGAGGAAAAAAAAAAAAGAAAAAGGAAAAUUCUCAUUCAUUGCUGCUUCUUUUUGCACAAACUAAUACCGCCAAGGCCAGAGGAGUAAGUGAAAGUUUUGGCAUGGAGAGUGAUUUCUUUGGAAGAAGGAUCAGAAAAUGCCCUCUGCACCCUGUUGCAUCAAACUGGGUCAUGUUGAAGCUCACUGGGUUCAAAAAGACCGACAUUACUCAUACGUGUUCUCCACACAUUCAAUGGGAAACCUUUGGCACGGUCUUAGAAGACGCUUUAACACCCUGACGUUGAAAGGAACACGCUUUUUUGGGUAAUCGCAUCAAAUCGGUAACCAGUAAGACUCACCCGCUGAAUUACAAUGUGACACCAGUGUCAUGCAACACUCUGACGGCCACAAUGAGUGUGCUGUUCAGUUCAAGGCACAGUGGUUAAGUCUGCACGGAUCUGGAGCUGAGCUUUAAUCCCAUGUUGGUAAAACCUGGCACAGAGCGAGAGAGUUGCUCGUGCGUGCCGGUCAGCUGAGUCUCAGAUGUUACAGAGUGUCUGCAUGCAGUUAUUAUGGACAUGCAUGCAAUUAUGAGCAGAAAUAACACUAAUGCUUCUGGUUGAGUCUGUUACUGUCUUCUUCUAGUGUUAUUGGAUCUUCACACAAUAUUGACUUUGCAAUAUAAUUGUCUCUCUGACAGUCUGUUUAAUUUUAACGAUCACUUGUAGCUGCGCACACAGACAAGCAAAUACAGGAGAUAUUCUGAAGUGCUAUACUUAUUUCUUGUGUGCAGAGUAUUAUUUGCUUAUACUUGGAUAGGCUCACCCCUGUUUAAUCCUAUGCAUUAGGAUGCAAGUCUCACAUUGCUUUGCUUUAGGCUUAUAUUCUGUAUUAGUGAUGGGCACGGCAGUUCUUUUAGAUGUACUGAAUCCCUAGACUCAGUUCAAGAUUUGAAUCACUCAGUGCUUGGCUGGAGCCUCCAACUCCGACUUCCUGAACUGAUACACAGCUGAAUUCAGGAUUCAGUUCAGAUCAUAGUUUCACGAGUGGACACGAGUGUUUGGCUGUGUUGCUUUGGCAAACAGGUUUGUAAAAACGAACUUGUUUAUAAAUCAUGAUGUUUUAAAUGUACUGGUCUAUGGUAUGCUAUUUAUCUGGUCUACUCGGUAAAUUGGGCUCAGUGAGUGAUUUGUUCACUAAAUGUUUAAUCCACAGUACAUUGAGUGAAGAAUUCACACUGAACAUGCACCGUUCCCUCACAAAUCGCUGCAAUGAUAGGAUCAGACACGCAUUUCUCAAAAUGCUGGUUUUAUACAGCACUUGUUACCUGCUGUGUCCUACUGUACGCAAGUUGUUGUUGUUGUUGUUUUUAAAACAAUGGGGGACAACAGUCGCCAUGAAAGUGUAUCCUUCAGACAAAAAUGGUUCCAGAGAGUGUAGUUCACGGCGUGAUUUGUUCACUGUGUGAUGCGUUCACUGCGUGAUGCGUUCACUGCGUGAUGCGUUCACUGCAUGAUUCAGGCAUUGUCACGUGCGGUCCCUCACUCACCGUCUGCUGCGUGCUGUGGUAGCUGCGCCGCUGACAACUCAACUGAAGCGAGAAACGAACCAAUCAUUUGAGGAAGUGAUUCGGUUCGGUACGUUCACUCAAAAGAUUCGGUUCUUUUGAAUGAAUCAUUCGCAAACAACACAACACUAUUCUGUAUUUGCCUGCUGCUGGCUGCACAUGGACUGGUGGAACCAAUAGGUGUAGCUAAAAAGCUAACAGCUAACUUUUUAAACCCCCCCUGUUACCUGCAACCAGCAAGACUGUAGCUCAACAGCGAUAGACCUGAAGUAAAAAGGUGGAUAAAAACAGCGAGAUAGCACAAGGGCUCUUACAUAUUUGCAGUGAAAGGCUGAUUUAAUACACCUUCUCAGUAAAGUGUGAUGCAAGGAGAAGCAAUAGUGGAGCAAGGCGGUUCCACCUCUAAUCUGUCAUCUGAGGUAAUAAAAAAGAGUAAAGCAUGGAAGACAAAUGGUAUCAUGGACUAAUAGAGCAAAAUAAUGUGUGUUUGUGUAUAUAAAGUAUGUUGGUAUACACUUAAAUUACACACUAGGAUACAGAUGUUGUGAUGCUGUUGCAGUGUUUAAUAUGUAAGUGCAAAGGUGUGGCAAUGGUGAGACUUUCUUUCACUCUGCAGAGUUUACUAUGCAACUUUGAUCGAAUAGUGCUACAGUUUUUAUUAUUUUUGUCCUGUCUGCAUUGCGAGUUGUGCUCAAAUGGGAAUAUUUGCAGAAAUUGAAAGUAAAAGAGUCAUUCAAUGAGUUUUGUCCUGAUUUCUCAGAAGUCCCACAUCAACCGGGAGCUUUAAUCUCACAUUUCUCAUUAGAUUAGAUUAGAUUAGUUUAUUUAAAAGGGGACAGCGCAAUUUCAUAAAACACAUGAUUUCACAUGGUCAAAAAAAGCCAGAAUUAGCCAUAAGGCUAGUUUUUAUCUGUAGUCCCCUGGCCAUGAUGUGAAAUAGACAGUAAAAUUACAAUUUAAAAAAGAAGAAAAGAAAAGAAACAUUUCUAUGUUUUCAAUUUCCUGCAACAUCUAAUGCACAUACUCUAAUUAUAUGUCAUUCCAAUUAACCAUAUUCUUGUUUGCACUCUUGGUUAGAUGCCAGACUUCAUUUGUUGUACUUGUGCGAUGAUGAAAAAGUUGAAUCUCAUCUGAAGCUGCUGAUACCAGGUGACAGUCUGUCCACUCUUUCAUGUUUCACCUGGACGAUGACACACCGUCGAGGUCACCGCUCUGUCAGCUUCCUAUCUGUCUCUCUCCAUUAUCUGAGUGGAAAAAUUCACGGCUUCUGUGUCGGAGAGAUUCAGCACCAGGACAAACAGAGUGGACACAAAGUGCCGAGUGUUUCUCUGCCAAGUCAUGAGGGUGCAGCGCCACACUCCUCCUCGAUGAUGAAAUCCACUUUUUGGGAUCGUACAGUGAAUCUUCAGCUCCGGGGAUGUUGGGAUAGGUUCGACUUUAAUAGGUUCCCAAGUUUUUUCCUUCCAGAUGGUUCUUUUAACUCGUGGACGUUCAGUUAAAAGGAUUUUAUCAAGUGCUCUUCAGAGAAUCAUAUGAGUGCAAACAGCCUCAGAGAGAAUUAGCUGAUAGUGUUGUUUCCAUGCUCUUAUGAAGGAAUUAUCCUCUACUGAAUAUCAGAUGUAUACGAUUAAUGAUUGCAAAACCUGUCUGGGAAGGAUACAGAUAUCUUUUUGAUACUUUUUUUGCAGGAAGCAGAAUAAUAUGUCGUAAUCAUAUGACAUUCCCUGUAUUAAUGUGACACGCAGGGGGUUACACUGAUGUCACUCACAAGCACAGAGCCAGAGGGAUGAACGUUGGAGAGGCACAGUGAUCACAAGGAUCAAAGUGGCUCAAAAGUAGGUUAAGUAAACCAUCAGCAGGGGGCAGAGUUAUGAUACUGCUUUUAAGAUCAGGGUUAUCAGCGCACUGGAGAUAAUUAACAACAAAGCAGACGAGAACUAUGGCCUCACAGACUGUCAAGUGUGAAAAAAACGAGUGCAAGUCAGUGUAAAAGUGUCCAUUAGAGGAACUGCUAUCCCCAGCAUAAAGGCAGUUGGUUUAUAAUUUAUUGCAUUUCAUUUGAUUUAAUUAUGACCUUCAGUAACAGGAAUAAAAGUCAUUAUCAAGUCAUUUCUAACACUUUUAACUGCUGUGAUGAGGGGUUCUCUGCAGAAACAGACUUAUUCUACCUUUUCCAAAGCCAGUGUUUACAGUGAGGGGUGAAUUUACUGUUCAAAGGCAGCUUUUGUCAGGAAACACGAUUUAGACGUGUGGGGUAACACUAGUUAAGAUGUAAGAGGUCAAUCUUCUGUCCAGGUGGUGCCAAAAUUGACAACAGGAGCUUUAAUGUCUGUUUUUUUCACCUCAGUGAUAACAGUGGUCAAAAAUAACUGCACACAGUCCAUCUGUCUGCUGAUGGGGAAGUCUGUUUUUGUCGGUUAUAUAAAAGCAGAGCCCUUCACUUUAGUGUGUUUUAUAAGCUGUUAAAAGCUCCUCACUGUAACCUUCAAAUAAGCAGCUCCAAGUUAGCCAUCAUGUCUUUUCAGGAGUUAUAUUUGGUGUGAUUAAACGCAGACAGUCAUCAACAGGCGAAAAUUGUGUGGUUGUGAAAUCCCACUUCAAUAGACAUCAUGUUAAUGUUAAACUCAUCAGGCCAGACGGCUAAAAGAAAACGUGGGCUUUCAAGAAAGCCAGGAACACAUCCCACUCUCAGAAACCCCCGGCCUUUCCCGUCUUUUUGUACACUGCAGAUACAGCGCAGCCCAUGCGUGUCACAUUGUGUCCGCAACAAAAGCCAAGACUGCCCAGGCCGAAAGAAAUUCAUAUUUAGAAAGGUCGUGAUUGUGUUCCUGUGAAUAGCUGUCUCACAAGACUGGCCCCAGGGGUUUGUCAACCUUAUUCCCCUUUAACAACACAGCACAUUUGGACCGCUACAAUAGAAUUUAUGUCUGCCUGCUCCCCAUCUCCUCCUCCACCCUUUUACAGCGAUAGGUGGAGAGGAGGGAUUACUUUCUGCAUUUUUCAAGGCUGAAUACAGACCCUACUGGUGCUCAGAAGAAAUUGUUUUCAUUACAGCUUUUCAAACAGCGCCUUGAGCCGUUCUGUCAGCGUGAUAGGAGGAAAACUUGGUAGUAUUGAAAAUGAGACAAAUUGGUUUUUGGCCCAGGGGGGAAAUUAUAAUUAGCAGUGCUCAAACUCUGCUCCUUUCACGAGCGCUUUGGUUUGCAGUACUCUGUUUUUGCCAUGACAAUCCUGCACUAAAAUUGUGCAAUCAAUCUGUCCUGUGGCUGCUGUCAAAGCCAGACUCGCACCAUAUUGUCCUGUCACUCAGUGUCCACCAGGUGUUGCACAGCCUGACGGACCUCUAGGUUUUCAAGAGACCUUGAGGUCAAAGAAAACAAAGGAGCGUCUCGAGUAAAUCUUGUAAAUCCCCACUUUCUCCUUCCUCCUCCUCCUCUAAGACCAAUCCUUACUGUCAUCUGUUACCUUAACACUCUGUGAACUUCCCAAGAACUGGAUCAAGGAAAUCUCUGGAUCAAUUGUUAAUGACUCUUUUUUAUUUAUAGGAGUAUGAAUGCAAAUAGUGCAUAAUGACUGAGUUUAUGAAAAAGUCAUCCAAAUCCUGAUCAGUCCUUUAUUUAUGACUCAUCCGAUUUUCUGACACUCAGAUGUAGCUUGUGGAUUAGGUCUCUAUUUGAUAAAUGCUCAAAAAUUGUUCCUUUAUGAACUUAUUUUUAAAAUUAUGACAAAAUCGUAGAAAGUUUUUCCGCCUGAUGGGUCUGGAUUAGUUUAAUCUGGAUGCAGGGUUGCCAGGUGUACGAUAAUUAUCGUAUUUGUACGAUCAUUUUGCCCUCUGUAGGAUGUACGAUCAAUAACCAAGAAAAAGGCUAAACGUACGAUAAUUUUACAAUUUCAUAAACAAUGGGACUGUCUCAGUCUGCCAGACACUUUUAUUAUCCUUUUUUUGAAUUUUUUGUGAACCCUAAAGGCAUCUUUUACCAGGUGAUGUUUCCAUCCAGUCGUAGUUUGAGUGACGUUUGUCUCCGAACAACGAGCAUGACUGGCUGUCUCUCAGUCGGAAAGUCAGUUGAAAAAAAACAAACAUCGCUCAAGAAAUAUGGGGCGGGGCAAUGAAUGACCACAAAACUAUAGCCACAAAAUCAUGAGUGCCUAUAGGACCCUGAACAGAGUGACUAAGGCUACGUUCACACAGCAGGUUAUGAUGCACAAUUCAGAUUUUUUGUUAAAUACGAUAUUUCUGUGCGGUCGUUCACAUUACAACAACGAAUGCACAAAUUGCUUUCCGCGCCUGUUUGUGUUGUCGAACAAUGGUGACGUUUGUCGAAUAUUGAUGACGUAUAGGUCGGAUGAACGCGACCUGAGCGUCACAUCAGAUACAUGUCUGAUUUACAUCCACAUUCAAAAGAGGCCUGGGUCAGAUUUGAAAAAAAUCCGAAUUGCACUGUUCACAUUUACAUGAAAAAAUCAUAUAUGUGUCACAUAUGGUAAAAAAAUCGGAAUUGACCUGCAUUGUGAACAUAGCCUAUAUGUGACAAUCAUGCAACAGUAAGAUUGUUGUUUUUAUUAUGGCGGGUAUAUGAUAAUUUUCCCUAAAUACAGUAAUUUUAAGUCUCUGGUACGAUAGUUUUAUAUUUCCCAUCUAGCAACACUGUCUGAAUGUCUGUGAUGUCCUCUUAAGUUUCAACCAAUCAGAAUCAAGCAUGCAGGUGGUUGAGUUGGUGGUACUAGUCAAUAACAGUUAUCAUUAUAAGGUUUUAAUGACCUAUUUGAUAUAAAAGUGUGAUGCCAGAUCGAACACCAUGCUCAGUCAAACACUUGCGCUCUCUCUUGGGGGGGGGGCUUUAGUUCUUAAGUGUUUUUCCUCAUGCAGAUUUCCACAGAUCAUUCAGAACUCACUGCUUUUGUUCCUCUGCCUUCGAUCGCACAAAGAGGGAAGAAAAAUGAAGAAGAGAAAAACACAUACAGUAGAGAAUGGGUGAGGAGAAAGAUUGUUGGGAUUCCAAUGGGUGGAUUGGAGAGGAUUUGGCCCUUUAAAUAGAAGCACCUGUUCAUCCGGGAUUAGUGGAAGCAGAGCUCUAUUUUGGUUCAGUGGAGAUGUUUGCCCAUCACGCCCUGGGUCCUAAUCGGAGCAGGGUGUGAAGCAGAUUCCUGGUGCUCACAUUUAGGGUUGUAGUAUGAGAGGAAUUGAUUUGUGGGUUUACACCAGGAUAGCUCUGAGGAAAGAGCUCAUUUAAACCCCUCUCUGGUCAGUGGUUAUCCUCAAUGAAAAUGCUUUCCUCACUGUGCCAUUGUAGAGUGCUGGUGAAUGAAUGUAGGUUAAACUAAACGAUGUGACAGGCUUUACAUGGGCUACACCUCCGGCUAGUUGUUGUGUUAAUGAGGGAGGUUAAAAGGUUUGUGUAGCUCAGAUUAAAAAAAAACACACAUUGGGUGAAAACAACAUCAACUUUGGUGUCAACACUGCCAUGAGGGAAAUAGUGCUUCAGGUCACAAUUGUGCUUUCCUGAAGUUUGAACUAAUUAGAUCCAGCUGGGACAGAUGUAGCUGACACCUUUUCACAGUCUACUUCAGAUCCGAUUUUACUGCCUACUUAAAGUGGAUUUGGUAAUCUGAGAGCAAGUGGCCAUGUAUUACAACCCAGUUUAAGUCAAAGGAUAAGAGAAGCAAAUUAAACGCUGUUGUUCCCAGGAAAAGCAAGCCAUUAUUGUUCAAGGUCAAAACAGACGCAACAUAGAUUGGUCAUAGUACGUCUGUGCGAUAACAAAGAGAAGGAGGAGGCGGUGGAGGCAGAAAGUAUGAAGGAAAGGGAGAGGCACAGUGUGCUAGAUUUGUUUAUGAAGCUGCUUCUUAGUGGAGGGAAAAGAGACGGCGAAUAAUUGGUGGAUGGCGGUUGGACAGGGUGGAGAGGCAGUGUCAGAGAGGUGGACAGGUGUGGGGACAUCACCUGCAGACAAACCUCAAUUGUAUCCACCACUGACAUCAGCCGCGGGGCUCCCAUAACCAGAGAAGGACCUGUCUCAUGAAGUCGGCACACAUCUUAAAAACAAAACCAAAACACAGCGGAGUCAACAACCAAAACCUCCGGGACCGUGACCAUCCUGACAUUUGUACAAGACGGUCUUUCUUCUAAAGCCACCUGCAAGAUAACCAACUCAAAUCUCAGGAAACACGCAAAUAAGUCAUUAAUCAGACAGACACAGAAUGGUAUCUAUUCCCUCUUUAAAUGGAAGAGAGUUCAAUGCGUUAGUUACUGUGUUUACAUGCACAGACUAUUCAGCCAAUUGACUCCUUGCCCCAGAAAACGAGCACCAGGCAAGAAGCUGGUCUCGCUCCAGUCGCUGGCGAUAUGCCUCUUUUCAGCUAGUUGGUCUCAGACUCUCUUCUGGUUGAUCUAUAAUGUGACAUAACCUGCCAAAACAAUCAACAAACAAGGUAGCAAAAUGGUAACUGGUAUGCUGUUUGACUUCCAGGUUAAAGUCUGGUGGGCGUGCUCAUUGGCUCGGCCAGUUUGUGGCUGAUUGAGGUGAAUACGUCAACAUUAGCCACGUUUUCUUGGUGUGUUCAUCUGACUUUGAGAAAUCUGACUUAGUGCGAUUUAAUGAUUUAAUGACCAUUGUGUUUACAUGUAUUUAAAGUUUUAGCAGGACUAACGCAAUAAAUCAGCGUUUUCACUGUGUAAAAAAAGUGUCAAACUCUCCCUUUAAGAUGAAUGAGCAAGUUAGUCUCUUGCUUUUUUCCUCUAUUGUUUUCGUUCAGUGAUUUGUACGUACACUUUUCCUUACAGCUGGCAGAAAGAGAUUCCUCUCUUUGUCUGAGUUUGGAAAAAUGUCAGCAAGUGGAGGGAAAAAAAAGUCCACCCAGGCUUUAGAAACUUCCUUCAGAGGCCUGAUAAAGGAAAGCACAUGUGCACUCAGCCGCACAAUUUGACAGCCUUCCUGCGCGUGCAGGGAUGUUUUGAUCCAGCGCAUGCACGGUGCAUAUGUGGACGGUUAUGGCCAACAUAAAGUACAGUUCGAGGGCGUUUUUGCGGUUCAUUUUCGUGGCUCUCACACUUACAUUUCGAGCUGUUUUCCUGUUAUGCUUUGGUUAUCUGCUUCAAAUCAACAGCGCUGAUGCAAAUAAGUCUAUCUGCAAUUAAAAGUGAAAAUCUUGUACAACAAAAUCUACAUUUAUUCUUCACUGUUUCUUUAAAUAUCCGUCUCUAAUUGUUUUCAGAGUAUUGGCAAGCUCCACCCUGCCGACUCUUGGGAUUUUUUUUUUUUUUGGCCGCCUUCAAACAGACCAAAUCACAGAUGACUCUACUCCACCUAUAAUUGGGUCAGCAUGUGUAUUUAUAGACAGAAUCUUUCUUUCCAACACUUUCAACACAAAAAAGAGCUAGUUGCACUAAAUGGCCUGAAUUGCUCUCUAAGUAAACAGCAGCUAUUACCAGUUUCUCUCAUUAACACCCUGUGAAACAACCACUUAAAGCAUCGCCUAGAAUAAAACACUCUGAGGUGGAGCUCAUGUUUGAGCUGCACAAACAAGAAACAGAAAGUGUUGGUUUAUGUGUUUCUUGGCAAAGCAGUGAACUAGAUAAAUAAAUCCCUACGGUUCUCACUUUUUCUAGAGCCGACGGGACUUCAUACAACAAAAUAGAAAAACACAUUUCACUAAUACAUCCCUCCAUCUUUAUUCUGGUGUGCAGAGUCUUUCAGCAGAUGAUAUGCUCAGGAAUCACCUAACAAUCCAGUAAUGAAAUCCCACACCCUUAAUGUGAAUAUGUUGUUAUUGUAAAAGCCUGGCGGAGCAGCCCCAGAGCCUCUCUUAUUGAAUCAGCAGUGACCUGACAUCAGCGUUUAUCCUCGCAUAUGGCUCGAGCUCGGCUCCCGCUGCUCCGACUCUCCGGCUCUUGCCUGCCGCGGCUGCAGAGAGAAAGACCUCGACAGCCCGCCCCCUAAGAGGAUCAGACCUUACAUAUUGCUCCACAAUUUCAUUAAGGGUCACAAUUCGCAGGGCUGUCAGCACCAUAAUAAUAAACUCCCCAAGUGCAGCAGGAGCAGAUGGCGCGACCGGAGUGCAGAGGGAGAGGCAUGUAGAGGAAUCCCCUUAAUAAGGGAAGUAGGCCAGCAGCAGCGCUUGACAAGAUCACGGCUGCCAUUUCAUCAGAUAUUCACAAGAAGGUUCAGAUACAAUUGUAAAUCUAGAUUGGCUUGUCAGGGAGUGAGAGAGUGGUGCUUUUUAUUUUGUAAGUACCUGUAAGAUAAGUUUAGUCAGUUUAAGUAGCAAUCAGAUUAUUUUACAGGUCAUUUAAUCCUGUAAUUGUAUUGGCGACUUGAGCAAACUGGCAACAAUCACCAAUAAUCCUUUAAAAAGUUUCUUAAAGUUCUGACAUAAGUUGCUUAACUCCCAUUUUCUCCUCUCGACUAUUUAUCCUGCUCUUUUGGAUUGAGAACUGUUGCAGUACGUUUAAUCAUGUAGCUACUGCUAAUGAGCUCUUUCAGGAUCCCGAGAGACUCAACUUGAAUGUUGUUUUUUGAAUGGUAAUUUUCAAAAGUGCUGAAUCAUCUUUAAAGAGAGCUGCUAAAGUUAACUAGAUCCCUCAUCGCCUCUCCUCUGUGAUAUGGCGUGCAGCAACCAGUCUGGAGGACGACUGCAUGAACUCCUGGUUGUCAUCCAUACUGGUUUAUUGUUGCAGCACUAGUCGGCAACCCCAUCUAAUGGCAACACAUAGGAUAUCAUGUACAUUCAAGAUAAGUAUAUUGAUAUGUUUUGCAAACCUGGGACACAUCAGAGGGUUAUAAUAACAGCAUUUGAACAAGUCAUCCUUUGCAUGUUGCGUGUAUCUGGUCUUAGCACAUUAGUACGUGUCCCCCUCCACUAUUUGACUCUAAAAGUUAAAGGCAUGGUUGACGAUUGGAGAAGCAGUUGAUAAAAACUGAGCCAUUGAGUCGUCCCACCUCUGACACACAAACCUCUCCCCUCUGUGCUCCACAAUAACUCCCCCUAAACCUGUAUCGUCCUCCCCACGACACACCCCCUCUGGCAGAGCAAGAAGCCAGCCGGCAGAAGAUCCUACGCUAGCUUCAAAUAGGAUUCACCAUGUCGGAUUGCUAGUGACUAGCGGCAGUAAAUGCCAGCUCUGCUAGCGAGCACCGUCUGCAGCUGCCUGGACAGCUACUGUGUUGACACUGCAGAGACUGAUAAUAGUUAUUUAUGUAACAUGUGCCACGAUAAAAGGCGAUAAAAAUUACCUGUUCAACAAAAACUCUUCUGUCUCUCCAUCUGUUUUCAGGCCCAAAUCGGUCACAUUUCCUCUUCGACUCUGCCCUUUCUUCUGUCCGCUUGCAUUUUCUUCCCAUUUUUGGCGGUGGGGCAAGCAGAAGUGUUUUUUACCAUCCUUCCCCAUCACAGCUUCUGUAGCUAGACUGCUACGCUACUUUUAGCUGCUCAGAGCUCUGAGGAGGGCCGGGAGAGUGGGAGGGGACGAGUCGGAACUACAGGAGAGGGGUGUGUCGAAUACAGUGAGAUGAUGAGGCGGGGCUUGGGAAGGGAUGCACUGAUCCGCCUUUUUCACCUCCAAUACAGAUACAGAAAUCUACAGUUAAUUAUCAGCCAAUACAAAAGCUGCGCUGAAUUACCUUUUGAUGUAAGUUGAAGAUUUACCACCGCCCCUCGGAAUGUUUACUGUGCAGGUGUUGCAAGUGGCCGUCGAGCUUGUAGACUGAGGUAGUGUGAUAAAGUUCGAGGUGGCAGACCCCUUUGCUUGCUCCAUUUUUGAGAACAAUUUGGGCAUCCGCUCAGCGUGUUUACUUGUGGAUGCCACUCAUGGCGCAUAGCAGAGCAUUAGACCGAAUAGAUCGGCCCCUAUGCAUCAGGCCCAUUGUCACGAUACCCGAUCUAGAAUUUUAUUCACUAUCGAGACCGAUACCGAUAGCAAAUAUUGAAUCAGCGUAUCCCUUGGCGGGGCAGGAGGUUUACCAAAAGGAGGUUGUCUGGGACGGAUGGCUCCAACUGGUCAAUGUUUUUGCAGCCCUGCACCUGCUCGGGUGAACAGAUUUUUUCCGUUGUUUUUUCUCUUCACUUUGCCGAGAUCGCACUAUAGGACCAUUAUCACCAUAUAAACGAGAAUCAUAAUAAUUACCAGUCUCUCCAAUCAUCAACCAUGCCUUUAAGCUUACUUCUUGCACAUGUGAUAAUGAGUUGUUGCUUUCUCUGCAUGCUCCACCUCUGUGCAACUAUUUUCAUUGCUGCUGGGCACAGUUUUAGCCUGAGCUCUACUUUCCACUGUCCAUCCCUCUUAUGUUACAGUCUGCAGUUUAUAAACCCUGCCGUGGAAAGAAUGGGCGCUCAAUUGAGUAUGCAGCCAAAGUGAAGCUCUUAUUUUGGGGGGUGUCAGAGCUGCGACUCUCUCUGUGAGGCUUUUCCAUCGAUAAACUAAAUUACAUCUGUCCACUAGCACCAGGUUACCAAGUAAGCAAGAUUGACUGGACAGUUGCGUGUGAAUCACCGCUUGAUGUGAAAGAACAUAUUGAUGCUUUCCACAAAACGCUUCCCCUGCUGUAAUAUCAAUUACACAACACUUCAGUGUUAGCCUCAAUGUGCUCAGUCAUGUAUGUGCCGUCAUGCUGCUCUGUGAUGUACGCCAGAGCUACAAGGCCUGCAUUGAAGACAGGUCAACCCAGUUUAUUGACCCUCCCACCCUCUGUCUGUCCCCCUCUUUGUUCCAAAGUUCCCAGAAAACACUGGUGGGACUCUGCCCAGUGCUGCCAGCCUCUGUUGCUAAAAGGAAUCAUUGUCUUGUCUCAGUAAAAAUCAAUGGGACUCUUUGUUCCCUCCGCAGCAUGUAGGACGUGGAGACCUGGCCUGUAUUGACGUGUCAUGAUUGCGGCAAGACUCGGAUCAUAUUUGUUGGUCGUUUGUGCUUUUUAGUCGGCAGCAGUAACAUUUCACAUUUCAUAUACCAAGCCCUGCAGCUAACAGGGAAGGAAAAAAGGAGGUGUGCUAUCACAGAGCUGCCAUCCUCCAUCCCCUCAGAGGUUUCCCAUCCUGCUUCUCCUACCUGAGUCUGAGUGUGGCUGCUUCCAUGUGCAAGCAUGUACUAUACCAGUGCACACAUCCAUAAUUUUCUCAUGCUCACAAUCUGAAAAAGUGUGUUGAUGUUCAUAAAUUUAGCUUCAUGUGUGCAUUAAAUUGUGCGGGCUCCGCCUCCCUGCAGUCCCCCAGCUGAUCUAGAUCACUUCCCUUGCUGGAUAGAAAAUCCCCGCUUGACAAUAUACAAUUAAGAUUCCUGCAGAUGUGAAGGGGCCACUGAUGACUUCCUUCAGCAGAGGAGAGGGUGGGAGGCUCAGAGACAGAGAUGAAGGAGGAGAAAGAGGGAGUUAGAGGAAGGAGGGGGCUCUUCAGGGAGGUAUAGUGAAAGCACCUGCGUCAGCUUGAGGGCUCAUGAUGGAUGAAGAGGAACAACUGAGAAAGAAAAGGAAAAGGGAGGGGGACAAUUUGAGCUUAAAGUGAAGGACAAUUUGGACUUGUGCGAAUCCCUCCGUUCAGCCUGUUCAGCGCACAUCAAUCAGUGCAGACACAAAGACGGCGGGGAUGGAGUUCAUUCAUGUUAAAUCUUUGCAAUUAGGGAGGGAGAUUCUUUUGAAAGGUCGCAAAAUGAUUUUUUUCCCCUCUCCUUUCAGUGCCUCUGAAAUCAAAAGAUGCUUUAAUUCAAUUCUAUGCUCCUGCUUAAAUCUCUGAAGCUCUCUUAUGGCUCAAUUUGCAUUUCCACUUGAUUGGAUUCUAAAUUGCAGCUUAGGCGAUUUUGCCAUCAAUAAAUCAUUACUGCAUUCAUUUUUUAAACUCAGUGUACUUACUGCAAAGAAAUAAAUAGAUUGGCAGUUUUCUGCUGAGUCCUAACUGGGAUUUUUUGCGGCUUGCCAGCAGGCUGGUUGGUGAGGAUUUUGCUCUAUAGCAUAAGGGUUUACUAAUGGCACAAAACAGCAUAAGAAGAGCGCUGAUUUAGCUCAGUGGUUAAGGCGUGUGCCCGGUCUGCAGAGCGUACAGUCCUCUUUACAGCAGGCGCUGGUUUGACCAUUUGCUGCACAUCCACCCUUCUUGUUCCUCUUCAUCUCUGCAGCUGUGUUUGAGUCUUAUGGUUGAUUUUGGAUUUUAAUCUCUGUGUGUGUCUUGUUUUGUUUUGGUCAAGAUUUUAGUCAGAAGUUGAUGAGCUGCCCUUGCUGUGGUGGCAUCUACUCUACAAAGUGAUCUCAGAUGUUAUCAAUACCCUACUUUUGAUAACAGAGUUGGCAGCCUUUGGAGGAACCUUGGAGUUGAAUAAAAGCUUGGUACUGUAAAUCAAGAUAGAAGCAGCUUCCCUCAGAGGCCCAAAUCAUAUCUUGGGCCAACAUUUUAGGGCCUGAUACUUGUUUUUACUCUCUGGGUCUGUUGUUUUUUGGAAGUGGAGACCUCCGUGGAUGAUUCAGUCCUUGGUAAAAACCUCAUGAACAGUGAAAACUGAGGGGUUAUUUUAAGACUCAUUCCUCUGCAUAAUACAUCCCUGCUUAAAGGAAUAUUCUGGCGUAAAAUUAAGUUAGGGUUAAACACGCUGUAACACCGAGUCAGACACCCCCUCAAGAGAUGAAUGUUGCAGACCGCUUGGUUCUCUAGUUAUACGAACUUUAGUGACGACCGCACAAUAGCAAUACAGAGAGCCACACGCUCAACCAAAACGCCACUCUAUAGCCACAAAUAAUGCUCAGAACAGCACCUAAAUGAUCAUAAAUGUUCUUCCUUGAGCUGUGUCACUCCACUGUAGUCGAUAGACUCACCUGAGGUCUCACUACAAACAAGCAGCUGCUGGAAGAGAGUAGGUGAGUUGUGUUUAGUCUCUUUGCUAAAGAAAUUAGGGAAAGUUAAAAAGAUGUUUGGUGGCUAGUACUAUGGCUGGGACCCUAUAUGUACUGUUGAUGAAGUUAGGUGCUGUUCUGAGCAUUAUUUGUAGCUAUAGAGUGGCGUUUUGGUUGAGCGCGUGGCUCUCUGUAUUGCUAUUGUGCGGUCGUCACUAAAGUUGGUAUAACUAGAGAACCAAGUGGUCGGCAACAUUCAUCUCUCUACGGGGUGUCUAACUCUGUGUUAUGGUGUUUUUGACCCUGACUUAAUUUUACCCUGGAAUAUCCCUUUGACAACCAAAGUGAUAACAGCAGGCAGACUCCUGCUAAGUUUGCCCCCUAAGAGAGUUAGACUAGCUGUAUCCUCUGCGUCGAGUUUGAGUCAAGUGAAGCUAAGAUCUCCUGGUUGUGAUAUUAAUGCAGGGAGUAAAAGCUUUCACUCAUCUUGAAAUCUGUUAUUAUUACCCGUCAGCUGGAGCUCCCAGGUAAUGUAGCUGUGUGUGUUUAAAUCCACCAAAGCUGCAGUUAUGACAGUUAUGCACUUUUACACAGGCUGCAGGUAUUUUUCCAUCUACGCAGGACAAUGGAAGGCUUAAAAUCGAGACCAACUGGGGAGCACAUCUGGACCUCAGUGGUGGGAGAGCCAGUCUGGUCCCAGGCUUAGUCUGUCAUAAUACAUGUGGACUGAUGUGAAGGCUAGGCUAUUACUAAGCCCCCCCUGACACACCACAGAAACCUCCCUUCAUCAGAGAGUGAGGCCGUGCCCCCUCAUGAGGAACACAUGGUCCAUACUGUCAGUGAAAAAAAAUGAAAAGGUGCACUUUGAAGGUGCUGUAAGGCAGUACUGUUUCACCCAGUGUCCUGGACAAAGGCGGCUUGUGCUGCUCAGGGAUCCCGUUCUUUAUUUAGAGCGAUAAAAAGUGUAUUUUAUAUUGAAGUUGGCAUCUGAGACUGAACUUAAAUCAACAAAACAAAUGUGCUAUAGCUUUGUAGGAAACAUAUGAACAAUUCCUCAGGAUUAAGACUUUCAUAUCCUGACCUAGACCUCUAAUAUCACAUAGUACUGUCUUAAUAAAGGGUACAGUAAAGGCUUUCUAGCAUGAUGUCAAAUCUGAUCUAGCUGACUGAAGAGCCAAAUCACCUCAAAAUGAAAUAAGCAGCGGUGUUGUUUCUAGAGAGCUGAAAGAAGGAUAUUUUAGUUCUACUCAAUGUAGGGCUUGUAUAAAGUAGAGUAACUCAUUGUAUUUGGUUGUUAAACGUCCAGUUGCAGAGAAAUUCAAAAGCAAGUCCAUGAUGUUAUCUUUAUAGUGUAUUCAAAGCUGGACCUGACCGAUGUUUAACUUUCCUCACUGCUUGUAGAGUGCAAAAUUUCCUCUCCAGGAUCAGUUGAAAACACAAGCAAUUAAAUAGAGACACGGUUCGAGCACAUGCUGUGUGACUAACUCUGCCGGGGACGUGACAUUUCAGGAAAAACAGGAAGGAGUUUGUGUUCUGGUUUUGUGAUGCCUUAAAGUAAGUUUGUUAUAUUUGUCGAGUAAUGAUGCUAAAAGGGUGAAGGAGCUCACCAAAGAGGCUUUGUUUGUUACAGUUAUGGUCAUAGUCGCAUGUUUGGAGAGUGACUGUUUGAAGUUAAACAGAUUACUACAUUGUGAACUCGACUUUUGUGGAUAAAAUGUUGGAUUCAUUCUUGUAUAAGAAUAACAAAUGCUCAAAAUGCAACUAAAUGUGUUAUCAUAUCGCACUGCUGCAUUUUCGGUGGUAGGAAUUAUUAACCAUUGUGCUUUUAGCAAACCUUUAACCCUUUUAAGCCUCUAAUAUUAACAGUUCGUCUGAUCCUUACUCUCUUUUAUUUUUUAGCUGUAAAUGUGUCAAAAAAAAAUAUUUUAUGUGAAAUCUUUUGCCCCUUUUUUUCAGGAUAAAUUCAACUUUCAAAAUCAAUCAAGAAUUAUACAUUUUGACAUGUUAUAUAUAUUUAAGCUACAUUUAAUUAACAUUGCAGCUAACUUUACUGCUGUUAAGAAUACACAAUAAACACACAGAUAACUGCAGUAUUGAUGUAAGAUGCAACAAAAAUCUUUUACAGCAUCUUGUUUUUCUGUGUUGUUUCAUAAUAAAGCUCCUGUGAGGAUUUGUGGGUUGUGGCGCCCCCUGUGGACAAAAGAAUCAGUUUUCUAGUUUUCUGACAAAAAUCUGCUCCUGUUUUUUAUUUUAUAUCUAGCCUGUAAAUCAUGAUGAAUCUUUAGUGUAGAGCAUUUUAAAGAGGCAGUUUCUUCACUUAGCUGUAAAUCACAUUACCUGACGCCUACCAUAUAACAAAGAAAGAGGUAUUUAAUCCUUUAUCUAAUAGUCUGGUCCUUCUUUUUCGGGUCUCAAAUUCAAAUCAGCUUCAUGACCACUUACAGCCUCCUCACAAGAACUUUUAGCUCCAUGUGAAGAAGUACAACCCAUUGGUAACAAGGUGUGUGUGGUCUUAUUUCAUGCAGUACACUCUCUGGUAUCUGUGUUUUCUUUAACCAUAGUUGAACACCAAUAUCUCCAGUUAAAGAUUCAUUAGUGUUGAACCAUUCUAAUAAAAUCCUAAUUGUUUUAUACAACAGCAGGCUCACUGUCUGGAUUUGUUUUCAUCAUCAUCAUUUUUUUUUUUUACACUUGAUCCAUUUCUGGCGUCCUCAUAGGUUCUGUGUACUCGGGCCUCUCCAGCAUGAUUCCCUCACUGUCUCUUUGUCUGUGAUUUGAAGCUCUGGCUGUAAGAGAGCUGGGACAUGUGCAGACAUUUCCACUUGUUUUAUUGCCAGUGAAGUCUGGUGCCAUCCAUCUCUGCCAACCUCUGUACCAGCCGGGCUCUGUGUGUGUGUGUGUACAUUAAGCUGAUUGAUGAACAGUUCAUUAGGCUGAUGGGCUCUGCAGGGGCAGACAGGCAUCCAGCGACAAGACGUGGAUUUAAAAUACUAGCCGAAUCUGCAGUGCCUUGACACCUGCUGUGUCUGUGGUUUAUCAUAACUCUGCAGACUGUGUGAGAAAUUCAGCCUCUGAAUGUUAAAAUGUAUUAUUAUUUAUCUGCGGCUGAGGCUUGUAUACAUAUGUUAUGACUGACAAUGCGCACCUUCAUGUUUAUUGGUUCAGUUUAAUAUUUGAGUGGAUAAGCAGGGGAGAAAUCCUGCGUGUGCAGCGAAAGGCAGUUCACUCGUGCCUCUUCAUCAGUGUUUUUUGGAAAGGUGCGAGAGUGUUGUUCUGUAAAUAUCUCCAGGAACAGAAGGCAGGCAAGCAGCUCAUCCACCCGCUAGUGCCAAGGCUGCCCUGCAGAGAAGCAACAUGACUGUACUGUGUGGUGCGAAUGUGUGUGAUAGUGUGUUUUAACCUUAAUUAAUCCAAGAUGUAGGGCUGGGCGAUAUGGGAAAAAGUUUAUCAUGAUAUAUUUUUUUCAUAUCGGUCAAUAUCGAUAUAUAUCAUGAUAUAAAAAAGGAAAUGUAACAGUGCUUAUUGGUUGCAUGUCUUUUGCAAUACAAUAAGCUACUUAAUCAGUGAGGUCUUUGUGACUCUUUCACGUUUGGUCUUAAGGCGUUGCGCUAGAGAAAGCAGACCAAUGGUCGGCUGUUUCGGCUGCACAGGCUGCACAGGCACCACAGGCUCCUUGCUACGCUUGAGGUUUGUAACCUUUGACAUCGCGCAUGCUCUGCCGCAUGGCACUGCUUCAGGUGGUGAAAAAGAUUUGAGAUAUUCCCUUACUUCAUGUCCGACCUCAACAAAACAAAAUACCUCCACAUUUUAAUGCUGUUGGCUUCACAUGUUAAAGUGCUAUGGUUGCGUAUAGCUGCAGUCUGCUACUACGCAGUUGUUUCCUACUUGGUUCUAAUUCAGCACGAUUGGUUCGGCACAAAGCAUACCCGGAGCAACUCCCCUUUUCAUUGGCUAUUUGUAUAGUCUACCAAAAUAUGGCAGAAUGCCGACUAUCGGAAAGGAUAUUGACCAUGUUUUAUAUCGAUAUUGAGGGAAAUUAAUUUAAACCAUUAGUGUAAGAGAAGGGGUGGGACUAGAUAAGUCUCGACUUCUUCCCACUCCUAAUUGAACAUGAAUAACUUUUGUCAUUUGUUGUUGUUUUCGUUACUUUUUUAUUUUUUUUAUAUGUUAAAAUUAAACUUAAUUCAAUCAAUAAAUCAAUUAAUUAAUGUUUGAUAUAUAACAUUAUUGUUUUUUCGCCCAGCCCUACCGAGAUGUUUUGUUAAAUUUCAUGGAUUUUGUAUCGAGUUAUCAGUAGCUCCAUGUUAGUCAGAGCCGAACAACACGGCGGAUCUUCCUCACGUAAUGCUGCUGUGUUCGCUUCAUUAAAGUUUCAGAAGUUUACAGCCUGAGAGGAUUUCUGCCUUCAAAAGCAGCUUGUGUGUGUAUGUGUGUGUUUGUGUGUUUUUGUGCCCGUCCAGCCCAGACUCGACCUCAGCUUCCUGUAGGAAGUAAGAAGAGAAUUGGACUGACCUCACUGGUGUGGAUGGAGCUGCAUGCAGAUGGCGCUUGCAGAUAAACAGCCAUAACAAUCAUAAUUAUGUCGAAGUGAGCGCUGACAGGGUUGGCUAAAUGGUGAAGGGUCACUGUGCAUGAAGGCAUGGACAUUCAGGUCAGCGGCUUGUCCUCCUUCUCCAAAGCCUUAAUGGGAAUUUACUAUCUGCCAGUGAGUGUAUGUGUGUUUUCUGUCCACGGUCUGCUGGAUUACUGGAGUAUACCCCCUCAGCUUCACCUCAGUUAUCUCUCCUCUUCCUCGACCUGCUGAGUCUCUACCAGCUGGGGUCUGGCUGAAAGGUUCUGGAUUUGUUUGCCCUUUGCUUUGGCUGGGAAUAAAUCUACAAAGCGCCCUGACUGGCCCCGUAUCUGCGAGUUGUGCUGGGCAAGAAACAGGGACUUGGAAACUAAAUUUGUAGGCAGGCUAGCAUGUCAGACACGCUCUUGACUUUUAGUGCAGUCGUUAAACAAAAUAUCUCCCUUAGGUUUACUUGUGGGGUCUUUAAUGAGAGGAUAGGACAGUGGAUAGAGUAUGAAACUAGAAAGAGGGACUGGGGAAUGACAGGUUGGUCGCUUAGAGGACUCUUUCAGACUUAUACGGUGCUUUAAGUGAUAAAAAUAUGGGAACAAACUGGUGCCAAUACCUCAGAAUGAUGAAAACCUGUAUCAUCACCAUGCUCUGCCUCAGUUCAUCCUCUCUUGCAGCUGGGCCAGUAGAGUAGAUUGUGUCGACCCUCUUCUCUUCCCUCUGUCAGAACCAGCAUGAACUUUUCCAGAAGUGUGAGCACAGGGUUGCUCUUCUGUUGGACGUUAUUCCUCGACUGCAAAAUGUAACACAUCUUUUUAAAGCAUCCUAGCUUGUGAACAAACUGAAAUCAGAAGAUCGAUAUACAAAUUUAGAGCACAGAGCGAUUUCCAGGACCUGUUUACCUGAAAACAGGCUGCAAAAGCAGACUGAAGGACUGUCGCCUCUUAGGGUCAUAACUCUCUGAGCUCUUGACAUCGGCCACACAUGCUGCCUGCUGUGGUCGGGGUUUAGAAUAAGAGCGGCUGGGAAUGUGACGGAGGGAAAGCCAACUUUUUGCAGGCGUUGCUCUCCCUACAGUAACUUAGUUCAGUCUCGAUGGACGUCUCAAACGAGCAGCAAUAUCCAGAUAGUGUUUCAUAUAGAUGCAUGUAUUUAAUACAGGCAGAGCUUAACUUGGAGGCAACAGUUGCCAUGGCCAAGCUGAUUGGCCUUGUAACUGUGGUCUAAAUACCCGCAGUUAUUUACGAUACUUGUCUGUUUAAGCCUCAGUGUCUUUAGCCCCAUAAGCCCCAUUUAUUCCAACUGACCCAUGGCACUGUUCUGGUUUACAGUUUCCCACGGGGGAGCCUGAGACUCACAGCACAUGUGCUAUCAAGCCUUUGGGAGAUCACAGCACACACUGCAAACUGUCAGUGCAUUCAGACAUAUGUGUUUGUUGUGCCAGUUUGUGGACACAUGUCAGUGCCAACGGUUUUUCAUCAGGAAAAGUGGCGGGCAUUUGUUUUUUUGGUGAUUUGAGAGCAGAUGUUGUUGAUUUGUCAGAGUUUUAGUGGAGGACAGUUUGGGAGUGUGUGUGUGAGAUUUGAGCUUUUGCAGGUUCCACGUUGGCCGCAUAAGCUGGUUGAUAAAUGAAGCAGAUGUGAGCAUGUGCAUACCUCUUUAUCUUUUAAAUACCGUAGAACAUAUUAGUUUUUAUCUUUGACUUUGAUCUAUAGAUGAAAUAUGAGACAUCUGUCUGCCCAAAAUGAGUUACUACGCUUGGAAGAAACCGCAGAGAUCAUGAUUCAGUCUUUGUCAGACUGUGUUACUGUCAUCGUUUUGAAAACUUCCCCCUUUUUUUGGCUGGACUACCUCUUGUCUUGCAUAUUUUUUGAUGGAACAUUCCAAUAGUUUCCUAAAGGUCAAAGGUUAAUAUUAUAAAUGGGCUGUUAAUAUAGCUUUAGAAUGAAACCAUCCAUUUACGCAUUAGCCUCAUAGAUCUGGAGCCUGAGGGGUAUUUGUAAUAGUAUCAGCGCUCACUUGGCUUAUUUAUAGUGUGAUGUAAUUUAGUGUGGUCGGCUGGUCAGACUAUUUGUGGCUGUGGGAAACAGAAAUGUUUCUCUUCAUCGGACCAUCGUCCUGCUUUCCUCCCUCUGCAGACAAUAAAUCCGGGUUAUAAAUAUGUAAAUUAGGAGAGGGCAGCGUUAGGGGGGCAAAGCAUUUUAUUUCUAUUCAGACGGACCUCUUAUGCAAUUAUGAAAAUGCAAAUUGCUCUAAGCUAUAAUGCAGAUGGUGUACAGUGGGUCCUGCAGCUGCACAGGUCCCUCCUGGGCUCAUGUUGUCUUAGUGUGAAGCCAACCUCUCCUCCAGGCCAACUCCUCACCAAUAAACGACUUGAGCGACUUGAUUUUGUGUUUCUCUAUCUCUGUGAAUUUGUAUUAAUUAGCCAGUUUGUUCAUGAAUAAUAAACACUUGGAAAAAAAGACUCUCUCUAAUCAAAAACAUUCUCCUCUUCACUUUGAUGCUUUGCCCUCCAGCUAUUUUUAAUGUCUCUGCUUUAAAAGGAAAAAGUUUCUCUGCGCUCACCUUGACACCUUCAAAAUUAAAACACGCAUGUGUAGAGAUAAUCUCGUGGCGCACAACUAAUACAGAAGUUUAUUUGGACUUGCAGAAGUGUUAAACCUCCAGCACUAAAUUUAAAGCUGUUAAACUGUAAAUAAAAGAAAACCCUCGCUUAUUUAUAGAUUCUGGGUCUUUAAUUAACAGUGAGAGCGUAUAGCAGUAUGGGAGUCGUUUGCAUUAUGUUGUUUAUAAUUGUGCAGAUUAAUAUCAGGAUUUACUGAUGGAAAUUUAUUCAUCUAAAAAUAUAGAAGUGGUGUAAACCCUUUCAAAAGAUUCAAAGUCUUCUAAACUAGCAGUGGGCUGAUUAAUUAGUCUGUUUUUGCAUGCAGACACUGCAGGCAGCCGUGCAAGUGUGGCUGCUGCUGAGCAGUUUCGGUACGGCGGUAAAAAGUGAGUUUUGUGCUCUGUGCCGUGUGAGUAUCUGUAUUUUCUAACAGAUGUAGUCCUUCUAUUGGGUCAACCAUCAUGCAACAGAGUGAAAUCGCCCAUCAGGAUUUAGAGAAAACAAACAGAGACCCAGAGUUACUGCUGUCUCUGCUCUCCAUAUGUGCAUGUGUCAAUAUUUGAUGCUUAAAGACUGUCAGUCAUGUCCUGAAAUCAAUAGCAUCAGUGUAUAUUAAAAAUGUAUGUUAAUUAAUAAUCAAUGCAUAUAUAAAAUAACAAUCUGUUAAGCUGUAAUGUGCACAGAAUAAUGUUAUUCUAUAUAUAUUUUUAAGUCAAAAUAAAUGACAGUGAAGUUGCAGAAGAGCAGAGAUUUUACGCCUCUGCUUCUAAAAUGUUAAAAAUGGCAGAUAAAUCACCAGAAAAGUUGUUGAUUAGUUUUCUUUUGAUCUAGUAAAUGAAGAAUCACGUUUUUGUCUGCGCUCUGGCACAAAGUGUGAAAUGAGCAAAUCUAACUCGGCCUAGAAAUUGUGUCGCUCUGCAGUUUGUUGGGAAAGAGAAAAUACCGCUCUGUCAUGAAUAAUGCAAGGCUCAGAGGAAAUACAUUUCAUGAUACCAAGUCAAUCUGCCUCUCCUCUGACCUGCCUGGAAGUGCACAGCUCCUCGCCUCCAGCAAACAUCGCCACUGUCUGCACCGACAUCAAUGCUUAUGUGCAUUUGUGCGCAGAAUACUAAACGCCACGUGUGUAAACGCAGAACCUCGGGGGGAUGUGUUUGCGUUACAGAUUGGCAGGUCCUAGGGGAGUCAAGGACGAGUGAUGCUCCUGUUCAUGAAUCCUGCGAGGGGUUAAAUAUAUCUGACAGAAUUUGAAGAGGGGGGUUUGACUCGAGGAAACAGCCAGGGCAGAGUUUCAGAUGGUGCAGCAGGGACACUGUGGUGAAACACAGGUGAGGAGAUUCUCUGUAGAGCACGUGGAUCAGAUCUGCAAGAGAAAUAAUUGAGCAUGAACUUCCAUCUGAAGGAGGAUAAUCUCCAUGUCUUAGUCAUGAUGAAAACUCACUGUGGUGGAAUGACAGCAGCCCUGCAGCAGGUUCUGCAUAAACGGUCUCAGCAGGCGGCCGACAGACGAACACACCCUCAGUGUUGUCUCACUGUGUUCAGCAUUAAUGAGCUAAUCAAUGGAAGUGUUGUCUGAACAUGUUACUGAUACGUGUUUGUGUCUGCUGUUUUAACAGCGGCCUAACAGGAAAGUCUGGUGUAAUCCUGAAAGAAAACCCUGAAAUAAUCUGUGAGGGUAACAGUCUAUUUUCUGGGUUUCUUGUGUUUACACCCUAACAUGCACCUUGACAAUUUGUGAAGAAUUUGCUGCAUUUCAUACUCUGAUGACUGUCAGUAACUGUGUUUACAUGGGCACAAAUAAUUGGAAUACAUGCCCGAUCGGAAUAAAAAUGCUUCAUGUAAACAUGUCGAUCGAAAGAUUCUGAUCCAAUUCAGCUCAAUUGGAAAGAAAUUGUACUCCGAUCGAGAGAGGUGGUUUAUGCCGAUCGUUUCUGAAACGCGUCCAUGUAAACACUUAUUCUGAUCGUGACUCUCUAACCUGACUUGAUCUUCACUCUUUAGUCUUUGGCUUAUUUACUGAGGUCAGUACAGGAGGUUUCAUUAUUAACACUCUGGCAUAAAACACAACCCCAGGUGCCGUGUCUGCUCCUCCGAUAACAUAACAAUGCCUAAAUACAGCGUAAUGAUGUCACAUCUGUACGCGCAGUGCAACCUUUGACAGAACAGUGAAAUAAGUACUCAAGGGCGCCAUCUAUUGACAACAUUUAACAGUAGGACAACUCCUGAAUUGGAUGGAGUGAGCGACUACCGCGUUUCUUGGUUUGUUGACAGCACAGGCGUGAAUACAAUUCUUCUUCUGCGGUUGUUUUCGCAAAAUCAGGCAACUCUGGGGAUGUCCAAAUGCUCCUAAUCUGAAUAAAGUUUGGUGCAUGUUUACGCAUGUAAUAAUUGGAUUAUUUGAUUUUGCACCCAUAUAAACAGUGGAUUCAGAUUAUCCGAUCCCUCAAAGUUUUAAUCGGAUCAAGAAACUUUGCCCAUGUAAACAUAACUAGUGUUUUCUAGGAUUGCAUUACAACAGAUUGCAUUCUGCCUCUUUUUCCUGCACAGAGCCAACACUCUCUAAGAUGCAAAUGGGCGGUAUUACUUGUCCUACAAAGAUAAUCCAAAUUUCCAAUGCUUCAAAUCCAACCCCACGCCCGUUUGGCCAUUUGAAGCAGUCUGUCAAUAGAGAUUAGAAGUAGCUUAAUAUCUAGUCCUGAUGUCAUUCAGAAAACAGCUCAGACUUGAAAUAUUUACAUGAGUGAAAGCAGAUAUGAAUCGAUUUGGGCAGUUUAUUCUCCUGUACAGACAUGUAUUGUGAUUUCACAGUGGAAGUGGAUAAUUCAGGUAGCUGAGUGUUGAGUGAGUCUGUGUGGGAAUAAAGUAUUUCAACAGAACAAUCCUAAUAGGCAUGACUUUCCAUUGUACGGUAUUUUUUUAACCAGGAUUAGUUUCUUUCCAUUCAGUGUCAAAUAAGACUGACUUUUCAACUCUUAGAAAUUUGUCACUUACUGGCAUGGUGCCUUAAAUGGACAUGCAACAAAAUAAGAGAUUAAAAGUCUGUACUUCUCGUCUUUUAUAGAGGAAUGAGUCAGAUUUUACACGUGAGGGUCAAGCCGUACUACUCAUCCUGCAGGAACAGCUGCUUAAUGUCUGCUUUGGCAGAGCAGGAACAAAAGAAAACCUCAUGAUGUCAUUUGGGUCAUCAUCUCAACCUGUAGAUGACAUUAUGAAUUUAUGAUAGACUGAUUGCAUGGAACAAUGUGUAAUCAAUAAUGGGGGGUUAAGAGCUGCGUAUCACUAUUUCUUAAAAUCCGAUGGUCGCAGAGAUUCAGACCAGAUUUGAGCAUUUAAAUGAAUGAAACAGGCACAUUGAUUCACAAAUCCUGGUAUGUGGUGGAAACAUCUACCUUCAUGUCAGAUUCGGAAAAGUGCUGCUCGUCGCUGCUGGUGCCAAAAGGAUUGCUUCAUUUUUCUCUUUGAUGGUCGCCCUCCACACGUUACCCCUCUAACCCUUCUUCCUCCCUGAGCCACUAAAAGAACAGAUAAGAGCGACUUCAAAGGCAGCGCUGCGUUUUCUGCUCCGUUUCAAAGCAGGCAAAUGAAGGACCGGCAGAUUUGAGUAGCUAAAGAGCUCUGGGGUGUGUCGCAUGAAGCUCCCUGUGUUAGAUGUGAUUGAUAACUGCAGCAGUCUCUUUUAAAACACCUAAAAAAGCUCCAAGUUCUUCAUCAGCACCGAAUUACUUACAAAGAGCAUAAAGCGUCUUUUUUCCCCUCACACUAGAGGGAUUAGAGGUGUCACCUCAGAGACUUCCACCCAGUUUACAUCAACAGACACACGCCUGUGUUUUUAAAACCAGAUUUCUGUCCAGACUUCUUUUUAUCAUUACCAGGAAGCUCGGGUGUAUCCUGUAAUCUUAAUACCCGACCAGAGACACGUCCUGAUGCUGCAGUCACUGAGAGGACUAUCAGAUACCACAGGAGGGAUUGGGUCUUUAAGUCCCUCAGCUGCAGCUAGACCAAUCCCGGAGUGUUAUGUAUCUCUGUGUGGAUAAAUGAUUUCAGUGUGUGUCAAGGGUGGAUAUCAGAUGCAGCAUUUUGCUUCCUUCAGCUGAGAUGAGAUCCCAGAGAGUAAAAGACACAGAUGGGGAAACUAUUGCUGCUAACCUUUCAGAGCUGCAGCUCGGAUGAAACUGAAAUGAUUUCAAAACAUAAAUCUCUUUCCUGAAUCAGGACAUGACCUUUUUUUUUGGUCAUUUGAAUAUCAAACCUCCCUUUUCUAACAAUAUAACCCUUGUCCUGUCAGUGCAUCCACUUAAAGUCACAUGAAAUCUCUCUCUGAGUUGUCUAUCUCUGAACCCAGGUGAGAAAACAUGGCUGAAUAUGUACUGCAACAGUCAGCAAACAUGCAGGCAGACUGACAUCCAUAUCACCCUGACGAGGUCAGAUCUGAUCUGGUCUUGGAGGCCUGAGCAGGGUCGGAUCUGGUUAGUUCUUGAUUAGAAAAAUCACUUAAAAAGAGCGAUCUCUGAACUUCGACAACCUGCUGUGGGUUUCUGACUGCAGGGAGUCAUAGCUGUUGUGUCCUUCAUUCGUAUCUAAAUACUCAAGAGUGCAGCUUUUAAAAGUUAAAACAAUUUCUUGUUGAUGCUUUCCAGAUCAGCAUCCUAAAAAAAUAUAUACUUUUUUUUUGCCCAUAAUAUUUAUGAAGCUGUAACUUGACUGUGUUUUAAAAAAUCAGCCAAAAAGGAGCAACUGUGUUUCAUCAUGCAUUUUUUAUUUUCCAGCAAGUGGUUAUAGUCUUCCCAUGGGAUCAGUAUUGCCAGGGGAUGUAUGGUAAUUUGUGAAUUAGCCCCUAAUGUCAAUAUUUGUUGAGGUGCAUUUGCAGAGUUUAAGUAAGUAAGUAAGUAGGUCUAAGCGAAGUGGGGCAGCGUGAUAUCCAACUUCUCUGCUGGAGCAACUGCAGAAAGUUCUCAAAAGAAGAAGACGUCUGUAUCUACUAAACUUGAAUGGAGAAAGUGCAUUUGAAACUAAGGCAUAUGCUUCAUGAAGUUUAUAACUGAUGUCAUAUAAAGUUUAAAAGGUGCUGCACAUCAGAGUUUGCAUUGAAACAAACUCCAUUUUCAAAAGUUGGAAAAUUUGACUUUUAAGUGUCAGCGUGGGCGGUUUAGUGGUUGCCAAGCAGCUCUAUCUGUCUGUAAACAGGUCUUCAACACUGUGCGGUAAACUUUAUACAGCCCCCAAAAUGCCUUUAAAAGUCAAGUUCAUCCUUUUUCAUUUUUGACUGGAAAUACUGCAAAGAAGCUGCAGAGACUUUCUUAAAAGUAACCAUCAUAAAAGAGAAAUAACACCUGAAAUUGCUGUGACGCCACUUCGAAUUGAAAUGAUCGGAUGUGCCCUUGAAUUUUGAUUUACAAAUUCACACGGAUUCAAAACUAACUUAUUAACGAUGUUUUUAAAAGUGGAUUUAAAUUACAGACCCGGUACCAAAUAUUGAAUACAUGUUCUUCAUCGAAAAUCCACGAGUCAUUCUUAAAUGAGGAAAGUUGCAGAGUGUCAAAACUCAUCUCAGCUGUAACAAUGCUAAAGAAUGAAGGCAGAGAGAAGUGCUGUUCAGUAACAGUCUGCUGCAUGUUGAUUUAAAUAAUGUCAGUGAGAGACAGACUGUUUCUCUGCAGGCUGGAAGAGCGAGCUGCAGAUUAUAACUCUUAAAAUCCUCUUUUUUUACCCCCUCUGCCUGUUUCAUUUCUGUAGUCAGCAGAUGAUUUGUGAUUUUCAUCUCUUUUAUUGCUCAGAAUGAAUCUUAUCUUUACGCCAUCAGUCAGAGAGCGUGUGAGUUUGUCCAGAGGCGUUGGAGCUGCUGUUAAAAAUAGUGAGUGACUCCAGGAUGUCUUUUUUUUCGCUGGUUCUGUGGUCCACUUUGGUCAGCUUCUGGACUCAAAUGAAGGACAACACUGAGCUCAUUACUUGACUGUACUCUUGGCAGCUCUCAUCCCCUCAAAUUUUUGACUUGGUCCAAACUCUGUGACCACUCGAAUCUUUUCUACCCCGGCUGAAGUAUCAUGACUGCACAGGCAGUAAAAGUGUCCAGUAAACAGUGUUGAUAAGCAGCCUGUGGUUAUUUCUUACACCCACACACUUAACCAAUGUCUGUGGCCUUAAUCAGGCUCUUUCUCAGUCACAUUUUCCUCCCACACUGUCUGCUCACACACUCCUGUGGCUGCUGUGAGCUUUACUUCUCCCUUUGCUCCUCUGUGGCUCGACUGUAUCACACCGUGGGCACAGACACACGAUCCUGUGACAGGCGAGUAAAUUGGGAUUUUGUUACAUGGUGGAGCUGCCUGCUAUUACUCAUCUUUGAUCAGUUUUUUUGAGCAUUUGCACCUCGUCUACUCGCUGUCAAAGCCUUGAUAACACAGCAUACUACUACUCACUACCAGUAUGAGUUAAAAGUAUUUCAACAAAAUAUUAUUUGAAGCAAUCUCGCAAAAGUAAAUAUGUGAGCAAGUCGGAGCAUAUUGGUUUUCUUGAUAAAGUCGCACUGAUGGAGACGUUGGUGGUCGUACAAAAGUGGAUUUCUCAAAGUAGAAAGCUUCUCCCACCCUUAGCUUAUAUCCAAUCAGCUAAAUACCAUCCUAUUUUAACCCACUUAAAAAUAUACCAACAAGAGCCUCGGACAUGCUUGCAGGACUUCAGGGGGGUUUGGCCGUAUUUAAAGAUGGAUGGUGCACCUUUAUCUCCCCUAAAGCCAAAGCGCUGUUGGGAUUGGUGCAAACAUAAUAAACCUGUGACAUAUUUUGUAGCUGGAGUAUGCACACGAGUGAUUUAACUGAAAUGAAACAUGUUACAGAUCUCUCAGGUUGGUACCGUCCACUGCAGGACUGAUUCUUGAGUUGAUUUGCAGUCAUGGGAGGUUUAGUGACCCUUUUCUAGGCACUUUCUCUUGUCCUUCCUCCUCUACUCUGCUACACAGGAGCCUCGUUUGUUAAGAAAACUGCCAAUUAGUCCUCGCCUUAACGUCAAAUAACCAAAUGAAGCUUAACUUGUCCAAAGAAAUGAACACUUGGGUGUAAAUUAGCAUGAUAAAAACUAAAUAUAAAUACAGAAAGUGUGGGUUAAAUUAGAUUAAUAUUGGGUCAAAUACAAAGAAAACAGCGAUGAAGGUGGUAAAAGGUCAAUUAUACUCUAUUUAGAUAAAUACUUUAUUAUACGUAAAAUAAAUAAUGAAUGUAAACUUUAAGACCUAUACUGCAGCCAGUCACUAGGGGGACCUUUCAUUGUCUUGGCUUCACUAUUAAGAUCUGAUUGUGGCGUCUGUUUUUUUAUACACUCUAUAUGAAGUGCAGAUAUUUUAUCUUGUAAUUUAGCAAUAAAAAUGUCACCAUGCAUGAAGAAGAUGAAACUAUAGCUGUGUCCGAAAUGGAUCCCUAACCCCUAUAUAGGCGACUAGACGGGGGUUAGCACCAUUUUGAGGGGUGUCCGAAACCUGAGUUAUCAAUUCCAGUGCCCCAUAUAGGCGACUCAAAAUUUCACAUAGAGCAUUGCAAAAUGUAUUGACCAUCCAAUGUCAGCUAUAUAGUGAAACCCCAUAUGGGGGUUAGGGGUUAGGGACUGAGUGAUUCAUUUCGGACACAGACUAUAUAAAGUAGCAAAAACAAGGUUUACAUGCUGUGAAAAUUCAACUGAUUGCAACUCAGUCUAACUGAAAGUGGACUUUUACAUUAGAUGUAAACAUGUGAGUCUGACUUGAACCUCAGCAUUCUCAUUGGUGGACAUACUUUUGCCAAUAAAUCAAUUCUUACUCUUUCUUUGUAAACUAGGAUUAGGACAGUAAUUCUGUGAAAUAGCAGAAUAGAGCUGUAACGACUGUUCAGGAGAUCAUCAGGACCUCGUACAUGUUUGCACAUUUGAAUCUAGUGCAUGCUGAUGGCACCAGAUGAAACACCAUAUACAGUUCUUUCUCCAGAACCUGCUGAGUUGUUUUAUUUUGGUGGUUUAAUAUUUGAUUCCGAGUCACUUUCUCCAUAAAAAGAGAAAAUCUCUGACAGAAGACAGAUAAGAUAAUUAUGAGCUCAUUACAUCCACUGACAGCACUCUUCAUAAUAACGUUAUCAUCACCACAAACAACACUUCAUUUCCUGGUUGUUGUCUAAUUAUAUAAGAAAAGUGUCUCUGCCUCCCAUGAGUUAUUAAUAAGCCCACAAUAAAUCACUGAAGUAAAAUUUCAAGUGACGUGAAUGACAUCAUUUACAACACUGCCCUGAUGUGUCGCUGUGAUAUCUUGGUAGAUUCAAUAAAGCCCAUAGCUGUGACGGAGUUGAGGACCAGUUCAGACUGGUUAUUUGAGGCCACCUCAUCCCUUUUAACACCUCUCCAUUCUGAGUGAGUGGCUCUCUGCAGCCAUGACUCUGAAUAAUUCAACAAAGCAAAAGAGGGCUGCCGGAGUGAGCGAGGAGAUAUGGAUUGAAGAUGAUCUGGGGCACGGGUACCAGGAAAUUGACUUUUUUCUUUUUACGUCAGAAUAACCCGGAGAAGCACGCUGCAUCACAUGUGUGUGUGUAUCUAUUACUUUAUACAGAUUAUACAAACAGAAAGAGCAGAAAACAAAGAACCAUCCUCUCCCUCUUGAAAGACACUUUAUUAAUUCAUAAAUUCUCCCUGAGUGUCUGACUGUCAGGAUCUCGACAGUAUACCCUGUAGGCGUUGACACAUCUUCAUCCCGGCUCUAUUUCAUCUCUGGUGAGUCCAGACAAACAGUUGGUCCUGAAAGAUGGCGCCCCAGGAAGCGCUGUGUGUCUUGACAUUUGAGUCCAGGUGAGAGAGCGGGGCUGUGGGUUUGUUUCAAGCGUCUCCACAGUUGAAUAUUUUACUGCGCUGGCUCAGUUAUGACUCGCAGGCAGUGGAGAAGGUCAGAAUUGAAGUAAAAAUGCAGAGAUUCCCCAGAGAUAACCAAGGUGCCUUCUCUGAUAGGUCGGAAACGGAAAAUCAACCAUAGACUGAUGUGGAUACCUGCUACGAUCCUGCAAAUCUGUGCCUCGCCAUGUUCAGUAUCCGCCUUUUCAGUUGUUUAUCCAAUAAAGUGGUGGUUUUCCAUUUUCUGCUUUAACUGCAUCAUUUAUUUUGGGUUAAACACACUCUGAUGGGCCUUGACAUAAUGAUCACAGGAGGCGCACAUAUACCAAGCAGUCUUUUGUGGAAAAAUCAACUCAUUUUUUUCAAACACUCAGCAUCCUCUGAACAGCAGGAGGCUGUUAGACCAGGAAUCAACCCUGAAAUUGGUCUGAUUCGCGGUCAUUUGUGGUUGCCCGGUUAAUUUCUGAGCUAUUACAGCACUGCAGGAGUUGGCGAUUUAAGUUUUCUGUGUUCCUCCUGCAUCCAGCGGUGUUUGAUUUGCUCUAAUCCACUCUCUGUGAUUAUGUUUACUGUCUGAAUGUAUUUUUACUGCUUUGAUGAAAAUAACACUCUUAAGAUAUGAAGAGUUUAAUAAUAAAGGGAGAUAAUCUGUAUCUGUUUGUUCCUUCAGGUGCCCCUGGUUGACAAAGGCAAUCUCUCCCGCUGUGCCUCUCUACAAUGGCCUCGUCUUCCUCUUCGUUUUGGCCAACUUCAGCAUGGCAACCUUCAUGGACCCUGGUGUUUACCCACGAGGUUUGUCUUCAUGUUGCUCUCAUAUUAAAUAUUUCAACCAUCUUACAAUAGUAAAUAUUGUCUAUCAUCAAUUUUGUGCACAAAGGCGUGAACAAUGUUACCUCUCAGUCUUAUCGACCUUACUGCGUACUACACAUGCAGGGAACUAGUGCAAGUAACAAAAGGUGGAGGCGUCAAACAAGCUGCCCUGACUUACAGACGCAGAGUUGAGUGUUAUCUGGGUUAAUUAAUAAUGAUUGAACUCGUCCUUGGGGAGAUUUGUAAUGUGCUUGUAAAUGAUAAGCACCUGCUGGUAGGUGAAGCCUGCUCUGCCUAUAAAAGGGUAAUAAUCAUUAGGUCGUAUAAAGUGCAGGUUAUCUGACAGUGGCUUUCUGCUACCCUGCUGCGUUUUAUAGACCGCUGAGCUCUUGAUUUUGUAUAACAAACAUCAAAACCUUCCAGUGAAGCUUUGACAAACAAUAUUAACUGGUAUGAAAAAGCCAUUAACCGACAUCUGUUUAGAAAGUCAAUCCCAUCAUCCAGAUUGUAAAAAUGAGAGUAAAAGACUUUGCUGGACUGGAAAAAUGUGCUCCUGACAUAUGGAAAAACUAUUUAUUGUUACCUUCUAUCAGAGGACUUUGAUUCAAGUCACAUAAGUUUCGCAAUUUUUAGUUUUACAAUUUUUACAUUGAUUUUCUUUUGUUCAAAAAUCUUUUUUUUUUCAAACUUAAGGAUAAAUCUCCAAAAUUGACGUACAUGUGAUGUAUAUUUUUUGGGGGGAAAUAUGGUUCCUGGUAUAGUUAAUAGAUAAUCAUAAUCAUUCAACUGUUUCAGUGGUGUUAAAAACUGCAGACUAAAGAUCAAGAAAAUUGACAAUAUCGUAAAAUCGCAAUUUAAAUCGAAUCAGCAUCCAAAAAAAUCUGAGAAGAAUCAAAUCGAGAGAAAAGCAUAUCAUCCCAGCCCUAAUAUAUAUAAAGUUAUAUAUGUAGAUAUAGAUAUAUAUUUUUUGUGCCAUUCCUUCAAUUCGGAGUGAAGGUACAUCCCAGGGCUUAUUCAUGGAGUCAAACACCUUUAUAGAUUAACAUAGGCUGUUUCCAUGGUAAUGGAAAUAGAAAAUAAAGAUAAAGAUCAUGUUAUAGCCCUUUAAAGCAUGCAUAUACAUCUUUUUGUUUGUUUUUACCAUAGACAGUGAUGUGACCCAUUUGUUUCUGAAGCAGAGUUUUGAUAUCUGUUGCCAGACUGCGAAUGUUGACUCUUAGUCGACCCAGCAAAAUGCAAGGAGAUGGAGUUUAACUGAAUUUAAAAGCGGAAGAGUAAUAAUAAUAGCCGAUUCUAUGUAUUUGUAGAAGUAGUUUUAUUCUCCUCUCAAGGUGGAUGAGUCUGCUUUCCUUUGCCCUUUGGUAUUUAAAUGUAUGAGGCGAAGGAUGAAAUGCUAACUGUAAAGCAUUCAGUCUGUUAAUGCAGAAAAACACCACUCAGGUUCACCCAUUCACUGUCCUCAACAAAAGCUGUUAUCGGCGUACGCCUCCCUUCGAUCGUGUCAUCAUGUUUCCCUGGCAACAGAGAGUGUAAGUGAUGUAAAAACUGAGGAGAUAAGUGUUUAAAGUGCUCAUUUGAUCACUCAGAGGUCUGUGGUUUGAUCCCCAUUAAUAUCCAAUCAUAUCUUAUGUGUCAUUUUGUGAAAUACUUCACUUUGGCAACUUUACUGUUUUUUCCUUUUAUCAGGAAUAAAACUCGUGGUCAUUGAGCCGGCUUACACACACACUCAUAAUGAAUGUGGUGGUUGUUUAAUUUUUGCUGUGUGUCCUUUUUUGAGACUAAAAUGUGUAAAUCAGCAGUUUCAGUAUUACAGACAGAUUUAUAGUGAUUGUAAUUGAAGUGAACCAUGUGACUCUUUGCAGCGUAGAUUCAUAAUAAACCGUAAAAUUGUAUUUUUCUUUGAAUCUAUUCAGUUUAUUGUGUCUGUAGUAAAGUAUGAAUACAUUGUGCGAAAUAGGCCGCGGCUUUGUCUGCUGAAAAGUUGUUGCGUCAAACGUUUGUGAAGAAGCUGUCAGAGCAGAUUGAAGCAUAACUGCUGUUUGUUUGUGAGCGUGUGAUGGUCUGGCAGCGGUUUACCUUUUAAAUCUAUUUGAAGAGACUUGACAGCCAUAAUGACAGAGCAAUCUCCAUCUUAUGGAGCUGUUUACUUCCAUCUGCUACCUUUGUUUCUCUCUGCUUUUCGCUCUCUCUCUAGCUUUUCUCUCAGCUACCUGGAUCCCCCUGCAGUUAUUGUUGCUCUUUGAAAUUAUUCUCUCAGGUUGGAGCUCCGUAUAAAAUGAAUGAACGUGGCCUUCGAUCAGCCAGGAGACGUUUUUAUUUUUGCGCCUCUGCUCCAAAGCAAAAGCUCUCAAUCAUGGGAAGAUGGUUUCGCAUAAACAGGUUGCGCUCUCACAUUGUAAUUUGAAGUCUGGGGUUUAUGUUCAGGUCACAACGAGAAAGGACUCUGCCACAGUUAGAGGUUUCAUUUCCAUAACAGACACAUUCAUUCUGGUGAUACCUGAAAUUAAAGUAAACAGCAUCUGUUCAACAUGAGUCGCAGUGUUCUUUCAGUAAUCAGUCAUAAAAGCCGAAUGGAGCGCUUUGGUUUAUGAAAAUGUUCAUUUCUCUGGGUGUUUACUCUCUCUGCAGACGGCUCACAGCGGGGGGAGCGUCAGUGAAGGUGCUUCACCGCUUUCCCUGUCAAACUGAAUCAUUAUUCAGAAACUAUGUUCUUUUCCUGUGGCUGUUUGUGGCUGUUUCCUCCUCAAACUCUCACACAACUUGCUUUCCCAUCCUCUGCUAACAUGCUCCUCUUUUUCGUGCACAGCGGACGAGGAUGAGGACAAGGACGAUGAUUUCCGGGCGCCGCUCUACAAGAACGUGGAGAUCAAGGGCAUUCAGGUCCGGAUGAAGUGGUGCGCCACCUGUCACUUCUACAGGCCGCCUCGCUGCUCACACUGCAGCGUGUGUGACAACUGUGUGGAGGUGUGUAUGUGUGUGAAUGCAAGUGUGCAACAGAAAGAUUGUGUUUAUUAUGUAUGUAUGUAUGUAUGCAUAUAUGCAGGUAGGAUCUAAAAAUGGAUCAUCAGAUGGAUCGGGGUUGUGUUAUCUAAAGCUGCCCUUCAAGCAUCAAACAUGCUUCUUUGUGCAGAGUGGAUUCAUAAUCAUGGCGGCAUGAGCGUGUGCAAUAAACAUAUUGCAAGUCUGAAUGUGGUGCAUUAAAUAGGAUGGAGCCUCAUUUUUACUUUUUACAAACAAGAUGAGCUGUUUUUGUAUAAACACUCUCUCUUUUCAUGAUAAACUGCAAAGGUAUAAACUUUCACUUUUGGCUCUAACAUGCCGUCACACCCUGAUAACAGCAGAAGGCUCCUUCCUCUGUUCCAUGUUUCUAAAGGGAAUAGAGACCAAAUUGGAACUUAACUUAUAAAAUGGGGAAAACAGGUAAAAAGCUGGGGAGUUUCAAAGAGAAAACGAGAUAGACGAAGAGAAAACUAGUGCAACUAAUACUGUCUGAGAUAGACGAAAAGAAAACUAAUACUGCUAAUACCGUAUGAGGUAGAUGAAGAGAAAACAAAUGCCAUCCGAGGUAGACGAAGAGGAAAUCUAAUACUGUCCAAGUUAGACGAAGAGAAAACUAGUACAACUAAUACCAUCCGAGGUAGACAAAGAGAAAACUAGUACAGUUAAUACCAUCCAAGAUAGAUAAAGAGAAAACUAAAACUGUCCGAGAUAGACGAAGAGAAAACAAAAACUGUCCGAGAUAGACAAAGAGAAAACUAGUACAACUAAUACCGUCGAGAUAGAGGAAGAAAAAACUAAUGCAAGAUAUACCGUCCAAGAUAGACGAAGGGAAAACUUUUCACCUGAGAUAGGUGAAGAAAAAACUAGUGCAACUAAUGCUGUCUGAGAUAGAUGAAGAGAAAAGCUAAUUACUAUCUGGGGCUUUCGAAAGCUUGUGACUUAUUUCGUUUUUCUGGGAAAUUUUGUUUUUAUGGUGUUCAGGGCAAACAUGGAACAGACAUAAAAAUUCAUGUUUGUCUUAUAGAUUUUAACCAUUUUAUGUCUUUGAUUUUAAAUUGUUCUGUCUUUUUGACUUUAAAUUUGAGUUGCCUUGUGUAUGAAUGGUGCUAUACAAAUUAACUUGCCUUGUCUAGCAGGUCGCUCACAGCCGCCUUUGUCCCAGUAAUACUCUCAAGUGAAUGCAUGAACACAGGAAGCCAUAAGUCAGCUCUGUAGCCGCUUUACGGAUAGUGUUGCCUCUGGUAUUGAGAUAUGAAGCCAAUCAGGAAGUGCUAGGGUUAGGUUUGAGUCAGCAUUUCUAAUACGGUGACUGCCAUCACCAAUCAAUGCGACUCCAUCCAUGUGUUGUAAAGUCUAAGGCUGCUCCAACACAGACAUGAAUAAUGGAGCUAUGAUCUAGCGAUGCACUUUCACUCAGCCGCGACUAAACUUUGCCCAUCAAAAGAGACACACUAAAUAGCAGUCCUGUUGUAAUACUCAUGAGGUUGCAUUAUUAACUGUAUCCACACAAUCAGAACUCAGGAGGGUGAGUGUAAAACCUGAUGAACAGCCAAUAAAAAACACAAAAGUGUGCACUCUUUGUUACGUGUUUGCAUCUCACACUGUUAAACAAUGAAAUCACAACCAGCACAUUUUUAUUCUAUCAUAUCAUGCAAGCUUUGAACAUGUUUGUAUAGCCUUGUGUUUUCUUUUAUGACCUGAAAAUUAUAAUUGCUACAAUAAAAACAGCUUUUGGCAGGUAGAAGUGCGCACUCACAAAUGCUCGUUCCUGCCUCACAAACAGAUCAACAGAUUAACAAACAGCCUCACUGGAGGCAGAGAAGUGUUAAUACAAUAAUGAAUUUGGUUUGGUUUAUUAGCUGAGAGAUUUCUCAUUACUACAGCUUCAGGCUGAGAUUUACAGCCCUUAAAUUAAAACACUAAUCCAGACGAGCUGUAGGCCAGAUAACCAAAUAUAUCUAUAAAUUACAAACAUAGAUAUUAAAUGCUCUACCCGCUCCCUCCUUCUCCCCUCAGGACUUUGACCAUCACUGUCCCUGGGUGAACAACUGCAUCGGGCGGAGGAACUACCGUUACUUCUUCCUCUUCUUGUUGUCGCUGAGCAUCCACAUGGUUGGAGUUUUCUCCUUCGGCCUCCUCUUCGUCCUGCACCACAGAGAGAAGCUGGCAGCGCUGCACACCACGGUCACGUAUCCUUUUACACUCUGGGAACCCCGCUGCAAACCCGCCCCCUGUGCUGUUAUUGAUUUUGAACGCACCGUAGUGUUUCCAAAACAAGCAAAAGUUGGUGUUGUAGCCUCAGCUGUCUGUCAGUGUCAGUUACUCCCACCAUUCAUCUUGUUGUGUCUUACGCUCUCGUGUUGUUGAUCUUGACCUUUACGUCCAGUCUGGUGGUGAUGUGUAUAGCCGGGCUUUUCUUUAUUCCAGUCAUGGGACUCACAGGUUUCCACAUGGUGCUUGUAGCUCGUGGUCGAACCACCAAUGAGCAGGUGAGGAGUGCAUGCUUGUUCUGCAGGUUCACACACCAACAAUUAUUCUCCUGUUGUUUAUCCAGCGUGUGUAAACAGAGCUCUGAGGCGUGACUUCACAAACACAUGCAAACAUUCACACCUAGAGCUGCUCGGGUGUUUGCAACUGGGCUUCAGAGCACAUUUUAUUGAAUGUGUUAUGAGCUCUCCUGCUGCAUAUAGAGCAAUAAAUUUACAAUAAUGAGGAUGUUAAACCCUCUCAGAGAAGAAAGAGGGUUAACAACAGCGCUGGUACACUCUUCACCACAUAACACUUUAACAAUAUGAUUCACCUUCUUCAUAUUCAAGUACUGGACCUCUGUGCUUACAUGAGUUUGUGAUUGUGUGUCCAUGCAUGUGUAUACACUCUGGCCUUGAGCUUUUUCUACUGCUGACAAUAAACGAGGCGUUGUGAUCCUCAGGUGACGGGCAAAUUUCGUGGAGGAGUAAAUCCCUUCACGAAGGGUUGCUGUGGCAACGUGGAGUACAUCUUAUGUAGUCCCCUGGCACCGAGGUAAGAUGCUUUACGGUUCUGCAUGUGUGUGUGUUUGUUUGUGUACAGUAGCUGCUCUUUUCUUGUCACUACACACAGAGACAGAGAAAAUGUGUUCAUACAGCUGUGAGCUCACACAUGUGCAUCCAUACCACAGCAUCACCUUGCUGCAAUAAUAGGACACACAGGAGCGUAUUAAGUGUGUAGGAGUGUAUGCACGUGCUUGUGGAGGUGUGUUUCCAGUCCAGCAUGAACGCAGCCAGCAACCCCGGAGGGAGGCAGAUGGCUGAGAGAAUAUAAGAACAAUGUAGAAACAACACUUAACAGGAAUCAGAGCACAGAGCGAGUAAACACACAUUUUACGCACAGCAUCACUAAAACCCCCGAAUGCCACUUUCACAACCAGUAGGGACAAGCCCAAUUUCAUAAAAAUCAACAGCGUGACUGCGGAGAGAGGGGCGACAGCAGGUGAGAGUGAAAUGCUGCUUUACGAGCAUCUGCUGUGAAGUUGUUGCAGAGUCCCUGACGGAGGCUCGCAGAUUUACCAAACCACUGACUCAAAACAUGUUGGACUUUGCUGCUGAAUGAACUGUUAGUGGAGUAAUUUUAAGUCAGCCGUAAAAUCAGCGCCAUUCAUUCAGGAACUGAUUUUUUAAAUAUUUGUAAAGAUUUAUUACCAAGAAAUUAGCAAAGACAGUGUGAGACAUCAAGCUCACACGUUACUCCAAGGUUUCACGCUUAGCAUUAAACAUUGAAGGAAAUCAUGGUGACAGCUUUUUUAAUUAUGAAAACACUCUGUAAGACCCAUUUAAACGCUGGUUUUCUGUCAGGAUGUUGUGUUGUAAUGUCUGUCUCAGGCUGUGUAACCACCUCAAUGGGAUUAUGCAAAUAGCUUUACUAAUUUAUAAUGGAGCACUCUGAACUCUGUAUUUGAGGAAAGCCAAUAAGAGUUAAUUGUGGCCUUGAAGGGGCAGUUUCACAACUAAAUUAAUAUUUGUGUUAUUGGCUCUUUGUUCAUUUUCUCAUUUUGACAUAAUCAAACAGUAGAGUUCACCGAGGAGAUACAGGAACCUGUAAUGGCGCUCACAGCUGAUACAAGCUCCAACACUAAAAAUGGGCAUGCUGAUAUUUUAGUAUCAUUUUUACUUUUUACAAAGUUAUUUUUCAGUUUGGUAGAAGAACUUAAAGAAACCUUAAGUAUCCAGACCCCUCCUCGGUCAUGGAUCUGCUCAGGACAUGUCAAUAUUAUCAUCUUUUAUUGUUAAAUGAAGAUAAACAGUAUUAAAAAGAAAUAAUACAUCAGGAAAAUUAACAUGUAGGUUCACUCGAUUUGGCAAACCUUGAACUUAAACAUGCUUAAGUGCAAGUGCAUGUACAGGAUAAAAUCAGCCAAGCAAGAAGAGCUUCACUUUGUCCACAGGGGGCGCCAAACUCCACACUAACAUAAAAUUCCUCACAGGAGCUUUAUGAUAAUGUUAUGAUUUUUUUAUCAUUUAAAGUUUAGUCAAGGCUUUUCUGUUUUAUUUUGGGAUUGUAUUUUACAGUUAUUUGCACAGACAUUUUACCUUCACUAAAGUUUCCUCUUCUUUAUAGUUACAAGUUUCCUGUAUGUGUCAUAUGCUUUGCUUUUAAAUGCUUAUGUUUAUAAAAAAUCUGUUUUGUAUUUUCAUUCUGGUGUCGGCCAAAAUAGGUUUAUAAAUAUAAGAUAUCGGCAAAAUUCCAAUAUUAUGCACGUCUAGUUUUUUAUUUUUAGACUUUUUGGCCUUAAUUUGACAGGAUAGGACAGUAGAUAGCGCAGGAAACAAGGCCAGAGAGCAGAGUGACAUGCAGGAAAGGAGCCACAGGCUGGAAUCAAAUCCGGGCCUGCGGCUCCCCAUGCAUCUCUAGUUUGAUCCCUGCUCCUGCUAUUCACAUGCUAAAGUGUCCUUAGGCGAGACACUGAACCCCACAGUGCUCCCGAUGGCUGCACCAGCAUUGUGUGAAUGGCAUAAGUUAACACUAAAGGGUGCUUUAUACAGCAGCCUCUGCCAUCACUUUUUGAAUGUGGUGUGAAUAGGUGAAUGUGACAUGUACUGUAAAAGCACUUUGAGAAAAUCAGACUUUCAAAAAUCAAACUUUCAGUCAAAAGAUGUGACCUAGGUAUGAAGACGGGAUAUGCAACAUAACUCAUGGAGUAUUUUGUAAAAUAAAGAUGAUAUCCUUAAGGUUUCGGAUGCAGUAAGACUAAGACAGACUUUGUAAUAUCUCAGGGUUUCUGCAGGGAAAAUCCUCAAUCUUCAAUGUUUAGCAAGAUUGCCACAAGCACCGAAAUGGACUGAAAUCUUGACUGUGCUUUAUAUUUCAAAUAGUAUUAGUGAUAUAAUGCUGCAAGAAGUUACAUGAUUGUCCAUACCUAUUGCUUUAUGUGAUGCAGGUACACACUGGAUCCCAGGAAAAAGCCCCCCAUUAAAAUUCAGCCCCCAUUCAUCAGACCCGACCUAUCAGACCGACAGAUCACCAUCAAGGUCAGCGACAACGGCAUCCACAACACCAUCAUCAGCUCCAAGGUGAGUUUUUCUCACUUACUUCAGAGCUUUACUUUCUUAAUUCAUCAUUUAACAGACCUCUUUCUGCGGCUGUGUUACCACCCCCCCCAACCUUAUCAUGAAGUCUCAUGUCGCACUUGUGCAGGCUGGCUCUGAGAUUACCAUGUCAAUACAGGCACACCCGAGGCAGUGUUCAUAGUAAAAGAGUGGAAACAUGCCUACUGUCAGAUAGACAGACAGAAGCAUACUGUUACAGACAAAAGCUGAAUGAUUCACUCAAAGAUAUGCAGCCUUUGGCUCCCGUUCAUGUCAUUUAGCAUGAAAUUAUAAUUUAUGGUCCUUAAAGGCCUGAUGGAGAUGGUCUGGAUCUUUAAAAUACUGUCUUUUCAUUAGUCUCGAGCUCAAAGUGAGGCCCCAGUGAUGAGUAGUAUCCUGUUCCCUAAAAUAACCCCAGAGAUUCAAUUAUUUUCCUCUAGCUGGGAAUGCUCCCAGACAAUGUCGGAUCCUGAGAAAAUUAAAUGACAUCGAGAAGAAAGUGUGUGUGGCACAUGUGGGGAAAAGCUGAAGGCUGCCUUACUGUAUGUGUGGGAGAAGAAUGACAAAAAGAGACGAGCACAUCAGACCUGCCGAUCACGCCUCAUCUCUCGCUAAAUUCAGAUGUCUGGACUUUUCUGGUCUUUCAGACUCUCAGACUUUGCGGGUGAGUUCACAGGAAGUCUGCAAGAAUUGAGACCAGUCCAAACCCUUCAUUUGUCCAGACCUCAAGGGGCCCAAGCUGACGUUCUGCAGGCUUACAGGGAACCCACUCGGGAUGCAAAGAUCUCAAGACUUUGUGGAUUUAAUUAUAACACACUGCAAGAAUUGACUGGACAUUGACGUUGUUCUAAAUUAAAAAUGUCACUCUUUAGAUCUGGAAAGAAGGAGAUGCAGAAAGAGAGAUGGACAGAGCUGGAAAGCAGACAGGUUCAUGGUAGCAUAAAGUCUGCUGCAGGGAUCCAGAGGAACCUACGGCAUGAUGGAGCUCAGGGACUCCCAGAAAAGACUGUGUGUUCAUGACUCCAAUGAGACAGAGGCACCCAAGAGGACACCCUCCCCCUGAAGCUCCCUCUGAGCACACUGAUGCAGAAGUUCACUGCAAACAUGAGAGUCCAAUCCAAUCCUUAAAAGUGGACAAAUAGUUUGCACUCAAAGUUGAAAAUGUAAAAUGUCAGAAUUUUGUUUGCACUUACCAAAUGUCCUGUAAUUCAUGGACUACAAAAAUCUUCUUGCAGGGUUUUGUCACAGUAGCAUACCCCACUUUAGAGCAUUUCAAGCCCUCAUGGAUUCUUGCUCUCUCACACAAAGCAUGUCUGACAAAUCCAACUGGGUUUAGUGCUCAGGCCAAAGGUGGGGAUUGGGAUCAGGCCAAACAAGUGUGCCACACCUGAGUCUCCAAAUGAAGUAUUUUUAGAUUGCAUUGUGGGUAAUGUAGGAACCAGGUUAAGAAGAUAGAAAACUAUAGGAAAAAUAGUGUACAGCUCCAAAAGCGCUGGUGCAAAACCAAAAUUAGUCCGAGACUCAUUAGACAUAAACUGUAAACACAACUCUGAGAUGGUUUCCUUUCACUGCUCCUCCUUCCAUCAGCCAUUGACUAGAUUAAACACAAGCUUUGCCUGGUGCAGCUUUACUAUGACCAUCUGUGAGAGCAGUGUUGGUUCAUCCCCAGCACCAACACAUGCUCUGCUCUAUCUCCUCUGCUGUCCACCCACCUGUUUUGGUUUUUUUGGACGAGUUUAACACCCUGCUCUUCUCCCUCUAGUCCAAAAGCAGCCUGGAUGGCCUGGAUGAAAAAGAAACCCAACCACCGCUGCCGCCUAAAGCCGACAGGUACAACCAGCUGAAAAACCAGCUGACCUCCAGUGAAGGUAAGAAAUGUAGGAUUCCUUAGGUACACAAACAAAUCUCCCAGCAGUCAUCCUUAAUCUCAUUUCCUUCACCUCUGGCUGUGCGGGGAAAAAAACUCAUCCCCCCAAACUCACCGUGUCCCAGGAUGGGACUUGGUGCCAGUUCAGCGUGAUAAAUGUCCGUUUCAGUGUCAGGUCAAUGACUUUAUAUGUAUGCAGGGCUGAAAAAGAGUCCUGAUUUGCUGCAAGGAGACAAACCCUGUUCACUGAAUCAGCACCAGAUUUGUGGCACAAUAGAGAGAUUUCUGAGUGAAUCACUGCAACAUGAAUCAUCACCUGUUUUUUUGAUGGCAUGUUGCAACAAAGCUCGCUGAAAUCGAGGGAAAACAAUAUUGUCUCGAGUCAAGAUAAUCUAAAAAUGAUGGACUGCAUUUGGGAGUCACCUCUUUCUAUAAGGAACUGAGACAGCAGCUGACGUAGUCCUGGUUUCAGAGUGUAGCCGCCAAGAGUGUCUGACAGUGUUUUCAGUGUUGAAUUCUCUCGAAUUAAAUGUAUGUGAUAGAUAAUGGAAACCUUAAACAGGAGGGUCCUUCCAAAGCCUCAUUGACAGUUUUAUCUGGGAGUGAACCUUUUCUGUUUUUCUGAGGAGCACUACUGCUGCCUGGUGGAUCUUUGAGGUACUGCAGCUCUGAAUGGAUUCUGUCUCAUAAGCAAAGAAACCAAACAGAAUGAAUUUUACAUAUUCCUUGGAGAUAUUUAGGAGGCACUGAGCAGGGACUUACCUGAUAAACAGCACCUUGGGGUUUCAGGUUUGGCUCAAUGAUAAAGCUGGCAACAAGAGACUGGCAGUGGGCUUUUGUGGAACAUAAGGAUACUUCUGUUAUUCUGCAGGGGUGGUGAUGCUGCAAAAUUCAAGAAUUUAGUCCCUCUAGACUCUUAACUUUGAAAAUACAUUUCAGCCUGGGGUUUUGCUUUAAAUUUCAAGCAGAGCUGGAAAAAGAUGUCUCUUUUUAUUUCCUUAACAGACUGGGCUUUGUUUCUCUCUGUCUGUUUUAGAGAGUUCUCUCUCUGGUAAGACCCACCCGUCCACUCCAGCCAUGUACAAAUACAGGCCAUCCUUUGGCACCAUGCCUAAAGUCCACUACCACACCGCCGGAGAGAAGGUAAGACAGGAUCAGUUUGGAUCUUGAUGAUAUGAUACGUGACACUCAGGGUGUUUGAUUUAGGGUGAGUAUUUACACCUUUAUUUCCUCUAAAUUCACAUCUGUUAUUCUGCUCUUUAGAUUGUCAUGGCAGAUGACCUGAAGACCUCAGCCAUCUUAGAAGAGGGUGUCCGUAGUCAUGACUACCGAUCCGAGCCAAACUUGGACAUGCCUGAAUACACCAACGCUCCCCUCCACCGCACCUUCCAGUCCUCUCCACUCCAGCUGGACUCUGACCCCAUCGGCUCCCGCUCUCUCAGCCUGAAGCAAGGUCACCACCGGCCUGAGAAAGGCCAGCUCUCAGCUCUGCAGCCACAGACGGUCACCUCCACCCCUUACAAGAGUGUUUUCUCCCCCAACACACUCUCCAACCGGAACGGCAGCCUGUCUUAUGACAGCCUGCUCAACCCCAGCAUCUCCCCUGCCACUGCCAGCGAGUGCAUGGCCCAUCGUGCUAUGCCUUCCAUGGGCUUCCACUCGCCCUACCUGCCCACCAAAAUGUGCCACAUCCGGGAGCCUGAAAUGCAGAGGCAGCAGGUUGCCCCAACCUAUAGUCCAGUGCUGCCACCUAGAGGGAUGGGCAGGCACUCCCCUCACCUGAGGGAAAGGGACCCAUCUCCUGUGCGCUACGACAACCUCUCCCAGACCAUCAUGGCCUCCAUCCAGGAGCGCAAAGAGCUGGAGGAGAGGGAGAAGCGGCAGAUGCUGCGUGGGCGCUCCCAGACCCAUAUCUACGCCCAGGACUCUGGCGUUUUUGACGGGGGCUAUGGCCUGUCCCACAACGCUUGCUACCCAGAUGGGCCACGUUGCCCUGUUUCUAGAGGCCCAACACCUCCUGCCUACGGAGGCUCCAGAGACAACCUCAUGGGGGUUGGGCUAACCUACGGGCAACGGACGCCCGUGUUGCGCCACGCUGGGUCCACGCUGGGCCGCGCCCCCAGGACUUCAUCCACCUCCCUGCACACUGAUCACAGUAGCUCCAACAGCAGCCACAGCAGGGCUACCUGCCCAGAUGGCCCCUAUCGCUCCCCGGUCCACCAGCCCCACUCCCCUGCCAUGCCCCGAUCCCCCUCCUACUCCCACCAGAAACUCUCCUACAUGAAUGCCCACGAGAGGACAGACUCACCUCGUCUGGGGGGCCCAAGGUAUGAAUCUUAAUGUUACCCACCCUGAGGGACUGCAUGCUUUGUACUGAACAGGGACUGAUGGGAACUAAAUGCACUCCCACCAAUAAACCUGCACCUUUAUGUGGACUGCAACAGCACUGCAUGAGCACUGACGUGUACUAGUCCAAAGGCAAAGUGUAGCAUGAUGAACAAUAUCUGUAAUGUCUCAUUACCCAUAAAGUAAUGUCUGAUGUGGAUUCUACAUGUUCUGUUCUGUUUUGUUUGUUUGCCUUUCUAGAAAAAUAUCAUUUUUGUAUCAUUUCAUGAGUGUCGGGUGAAUAAAGUCGUGACUCCUCUAACCUCCUUUUCUUUUGCAUGCUUUUUCCCUUUAUGUUAACCUUUAAAGCAGUUUGUUUGACUAACAAACACAUUCGAGUAGGGCUGCACAGUUAAUCGAAUUUUAAUUCUGAUUACGAUUUUUCAAUUAAAGGUAACUACUGAUGUUAUAAAUGUGUGCUUCUCCUGCCUCGUCUCUCCUUUUCUUUACCAGUAUGUGUCUCAGAGUGUAGAAGCAGAUGUGUGUUAGUAAAGCAGAGGGAAAGAGUGAGCAAACAAUUAAAAUGGGUGAAGACUGAAAGGCUGAGUGGUAUAUUCCCUCUGUGAAAAAUGUGCAAUUUCAGGUCCUUUAUUUUUUGGCACCACUACAUGAAAAUAUUCUACAUAAUUAAUGAUAAUUGUCUUAAAUAUGAAUAUGUCAAUAAUUGUGCAGCCCUAUCUUUAAGUCAUCAUUUUUUUGUCUUUUUUUAACCUCCUCGAAUCUCACCUGCAUGUGACUGGAACCGCUGCUGUCGUGUUUUUCCUCUUCCUGUCGAGUAAUUCUUCAUUCUUCUCUCUUCUCUCAGAGAGGCCAUGAAAGUUAACGGGCAAAUGGACUGCCACCCCAGUGCCCAAGGUGCCACCAUGAGCCCCAGUCGCCAUAGUAACGUCAAAAAAGUGACAGGCGUGGGAGGCACCACGUAUGAGAUAUCAGUGUGAAAAGGGACGCUGCAUCCACAUCCAACGACGACGACCAUCCUGCUACAAAGAGAUUCUCUCCGUGCUGUAAUUUUUAAAAGUCGAGAUUACAGCCAAUCAGGUGCACAAAGCACUUCCUUUAUUGGGGUUAACGUCCAAUCAGAGGAUCUGUCUGCUUUGACAGCCAAAUACCUGUGUGUGUUUGUACAGGAGGGGUUGGUUUUGAGUUGAUAUGUGUGAAGAGUGUCUUGUUGUUAACAUUUUGUGGCCGUUCAACAGAUUGUCAAAAAUACUCACUGUUGUUUAUCAGCUGUGGUCAUGCCGUUGUUCCCGCCAAAACUUCAAUCCAGGGAGCGCUGGAAGAUUGAAGUUUGAAGAUUGAAUUCACUCACCUCAAGAAGUCAAGGUGCUCUACAUUACAUUACACUGUUUCAGCACACAGUCGGUGAAGUUGUACAGAUUUGAAAAUAUAAUGUAAGACUGAUAAAGCAGAUUAGCACCAUCUGCAAAUGCUGGUCAGGCAAAGUGAGAGCGAAGAAGCGGGCAGACGGGAAAGUCGAGGGUGAAUCAUUAUGUUAUGUCCGGUGGUUACAGCUUAUAAUAAGAAGUGAAUACACUCAAAUAUCGACUAAGACAGAAAAAUAACCCUCAGGAAUAAACACAACCAGGAGUGAUGGUAGGUGAUUUAAAGCUAAUGAUUACAUAUGAAUGUCUCCCUCAAGAAAACAGCUUUGCUCUUGUUUUAAUCUUCAUCACUCAGUUUGGUUGUUUCCACAUGAGGUGUGCUGGUCAUUUAUAUCACUCUUAAAGGUCAUUAUACCUCAUCCUCAUGGCUCUCACCAAGUCCAGAACGAGUCCGGCCUUUUUUGUUCACGUGUUUCUCUUUCUUUCUUUUUUUUUUCCAAAACAGAAUAAUGAUUUUUUUUUAAUAUGUAAGUUAUGUUUGUGUUAUAUCAUAGAAACGGAAAGGUGAAGCGAAAGAAGCCUGUCCCAUGUAGAGAAACGAAGAUAAAUGUCUUUGUUUUUCCUUUUUUAUAUACCCAACCUUUAAAAGAUAUGUUUGAUACAUCUUUUUUUUAUACUCAUUAUGAAGCCUGGAAUGGAUGUUUCACUUUGAGUGGAGUGUUUGGUUGAUAAAUUAUAAAUUCAAGUACAUGAAUGAGAUUGUGAUCAUGGUUUAGCUCCAUCAAGUGAAAAACGGUUUAUUCUAAUUUGCAGUGUGGAAAAUGUUUGUUAUUCAAAGAUGUGUGAAGUGAGGAGGUGACGCGGCAAAGAUGAUAUCUUAGACUUGUAUACAGACACGUCACCCAUGCUGCACACAAGUCAAGGACUGAGAUUGAAGUCGAAGCUGAAUUGAGAUUUCAGAGGUGGAGGUGGCUUCACAUUUCUCGAUUUCUCAUCUGCAGUAAGUAAAUGAGUUGGUAUGAUGUUGCAGUGAUAUCAUAAAAAUGAUAAUUCAAUCAAAUUGCAGCAGCUGUCUGGUACAGCUUUAGUAUUGUCUCACUCAGAGGGUUAAAAUUGAGCUUGUUUUGCAGUUAAUUUUCAGUCUUGUUACAUGAAUUACUUCUGAACAUAAAAAUGGAGAGGUUUUUUACUUAUACUUGGCACCAUCUGAGUAUUAUAGGUAAGACAGAGUAAUGUGGCCAUAUUAUAAAAAAAGAUUUUGAGAAUAAGGUCAUUAAUUUACAAGAAUUUCAUGAGGAAAAAGUCACAAUUUUAGUCUUUGGUUAGCUCCUAUAAUAUUUAAACAGAGAUCAGAAGAAGCGAUAGCAAGCUGCUCUAAAACAAGGAACUUGGAGCAUCUUUUAAAAGCUAUAGUUUAGUUUCAUGAAUAACUAAAGCACCAGGGAUGUGAAUAAAUUGUGUAAGACACUAAGUCUAUGAAGAUGAAGGGGACAUCUCUGAAACCUCUGCUUGUAAAACACUUAAAGAUGAUCCACGUUCCUCAUUUUACAGCAGCCUCUUUUAUUUCUUUCCCCUUUAUGUUUUUUUAGUAUCGGCUAAGCAUCCUUUCUAAUCAUGACUUCUAUAUCAUAACAUUAUAGUUUUAAUCUUGUAAAUUUAUUUCCUUUCUCUCACAAUUUUACUUUUAAUUUGUGAUUUUUUUAUUCUUGUAAAUUAAUACUGAAAUGAAGUCUCAAAAUCUCCCUCUAACCCUCUGUCGUAAAUCAAAGCCAGAAGUUUACGUUUCUGUAAAGAGGUAGAUAUUAACGUAAAGAUUUAACCAUUGUGGCCUUUUGAGAGAAAAGCUUGUGUUUUAUGAGAUGAAGCCAGUUUAAUAGGACAUGUGGGGAUUUUUUUCAUCCUGUUAAGAGGCUCUUAAGAAACACGGUUGUGCAUGAAGGUAAAACAUAUGACUGCUGGUGUUUUGUUUUGAACAUAGAAGUGACACUUGAAGGCAAGUCGGGCUGGAUAAAAAAAGUAAACUAUCAAAAAGUUCUGGAAGAAAGGCACAAGAAGAUUAGUCUCCUCAUAAGGAUAUUUCCUGUUUCCGUCUCUGCUUCAUUCAUAGAUUCCUUUCUCCAGAACUCAGACUAAAGAUGGUAGCUGUGGUAGUAGAGACGGUAGAGACUCUCGCUCUCUGACAAGGUUGGCUGUUUACAACCCUGUGGCUAAUACGAUCCCAAUCUGAAAGUCUCACCCAGCUGCCUUAGCAUGAAAACAGUAUGUUCGGUUACAAAGGCUGCUCUGUAGGUGGCACUGUGGUAUACAGGGCUACUUUUCGAAGAACUUGAUGUAUCUGAGUAUAAAUGGUGCAACUAACUGGAUCAUCUUGAAACACCUGAUCGACCAUUAGCUGCUAAGUUGCCUGGUAUUAGCCGGACUGUCAGACCCUCAUUUGACCACAUGUCAAAAACAGUAUCGAUGUCAUUCCUCUUUAAGAUGACUGCCAUUAUAGUCCAAUGUUCUUUUUUAGGGGAUGGACGUCACUGCAGGUCAGGGAUCAUUCCUGACAGUCAGCAAAGAAUCUGUUCAAUCAGCCAUGAGCUGAUGUUGUUUUCUGACUCUCUAAUAAAAAAUAAAAAAAAUCAAUAUGUAUGAAAAUGAUAGAAUAUGCUAUAAAUGUACAUGCGUUCCUAUUUUUGUGAAGAGGAAUUAUUUCCCAUCGACCUGAGAAGAGUAAAUAAAAGUUUCAGACUCUUCUAGUAA